GUGUACGGUGUACGGUAUAUUUUGUUUGAAAAUUUAACUCGCCCUUGUAUUUUUAUAUAAUGCUUAAAGUAAAUAAUGUUUCUCGGUGUGUAAAUGAAUAUUCAAACAUAUUUAAAACGGACGGAAAUAUUUUAUUUUGCAACUUUUAUUGUAUAAAUGUGUCAUGUAACGGAACAUUUCAAGUAGCACAACAUUUAGAUACUGCAAAACAUACAUCGAAUUGCAGAUUGAAAGAAAAGAAGAACACUCAACCUUUUAUAAAAAAAGACAUUUAAUCAGGUCAGAACUAAUAAUUAAAAUACAAACGAUAUUUCACUUUUUAAAUUAAACAAUCCACAGUUUAUAUUGUUUUUUGAAAAAUAUUUAAAACUCAAAUUAUCAGAUGAAUUAAACCACCGAAAGAACUGUUCACCAUUAUGCUAUGUUUUAUAUAAGAUUAGGAAUGAGAUAGGGAACAGUCCAAUUUGGGUUUCGAUCGAUGUACAAGGACGAUAAUAUGUCGCUAAUGUCAUUAUUGGGGAAUUACCAUCUAAAAAAAUGUAUAAAACCAAUCGUUUAAACAGUUGAGCAAUUACAAAAGGAAAAUUUUCAAACAAUUUCUAAAUUAUUUAAUAUGACUUCAUGAGCAUUGUAUGGCCCGAAAAAAUAUUACAUGAAAGAGUAUUGUUGUAUGUAACCGAUGCUGCUCCAUACAUGGUUAAAUAUGCCGAAGCUUUUAAAGUAUUUUACACCAAAAUAAUUAAUGUGACAUGCAUGGCUCAUGGACUACACAGAGUAACUGAAGUCAUAAGAGAUAAAUAUCAACAUUUCAAUAGAUUAGUUUCAUAAAUUAAAAAGAUAUUUUUAAAAGCACCUUCACGUGUAAAUAUUUUCAAAAAAAUGUAUCCCAAUUUGAGUUUACCUCCACAACCAAUAUUAACUCGUUGUGAUACACGGCUUGAGGUAAUUAGUUACUAUGGGGAAUAUUUCAAUGAGGUAAAAUAUUUUAUCAACAUUUUUAACCAAAAUGAACCGAAGUUUAUUGAAAACGCACAUAGUUUAUUUCAUAAUAAAGAGUUAAAAAAUGAGCUUGUCGUUAUAACAAUACACUUUCAGUGUUUAAUAGACAAUAACAAAACUAGAGAAAUCGAAUGUUAUUUUUAGGGAUAGUCUAUUGCUCAUAGAAAAUAUUAAAAUUGAAUUUGAAGGAGAGCCAGGGAUAGAUUUCGCUAGAUCUAAACUUACAAAUAUUUUGUCAAAAAAUUGUGGGUAUUUACAUUAAAAAAAAUUGACAGUGUAAUAAAGGUAAGGGAAUGUGAUGAGGAACUGUCAGUUGAAGAUUUAUCUAGUUUUAAAUAUCCACCUAUUGUAUCUUGUGAUGUGGAAAGAAGUUUUUCCAAAAACAAAAGUUUGCUUCGAGAUAAUUAUAGAAGUUUUCAAAUCGAAAACUUGAAAUUGAUUUUUGUUACUUCAUGCUGGUACUCGUCUUAUAAUAAUAAUUGAAUAUAAAUAGUAUUAUAAUUUUAAACACAAUUCCAUAAAAAUAAUGUUAUUCUGAAUUUUAAAAUAAAUAUUUUGAAUUUUUUUUAAUACAUUUGUUUGUACAUAAAAAAAAAUAAUUUUGCAUAUUUUUACAUGUUUAUAAUAUGAAUCUGCUUUUUUUUUUAUAGAUUUGUAUUGCAUAUAAAUCCAAUAAAUUAUUUAACACUCAAUAUGUUUACUAUCAGUUUGUUGACAUUUGUUUAGUAUCAAAUAGAUAUACCCAAAUACUUAAGUAGGUACAACGGAAAUGUUGUCAUUGUGGGAACUAUGUCUGAUUUUUAUUUUUAUUUUAAAAUAUGGAAUGUGAGUAAAAGAUUAAAGGUACAUGUUCACUAAGAUUGGUGAUAAUUUGUUGCCAAAUUGACCAGAUUUUAAUUUUAGUGAAUUAAAAAUGUAUCUAACUAAAGUAAGGUAAGCAAUUAAUAGUAUCUAAUUGUCAGUUAUUAACCUUCUACCAAUGGUGCGAGGUAAAUAAUCUCUAAGUUUAAGUAUAGACAUUAAUACUACAUAUAACAUGUUUAUCUAAAUUUAUGAGUCAAUAAAAAAAAAAAAAAAAAAUUUGUACACAAAAUAGUUAAAUAUACUGAAGAUACUAUAAUAUGUAACUUAAAAAAAAAAAAAUAUAGGAAAUUUUGGAAAAUGUUUACUCCAUACUCUCAUAUUUAGUAUAUGAAAAAUAAACUGCGUAAUCAGUAGAAAGUUAAUAAUAAUCAUAGUAUUAUAAAUUACUACAGACUUGGAAAUUAACAAUCAAUUAUAGUGCUUUGUUAUAGGCAUGGGGUGUGGUUAUAAAAUGAAGGUAAAAACAUGUUAAAUAAAAUUGUUUUAUUAUUGUGAGAAAAAAAAAUGGAAUACAAUAUUAUGCUUUAAAAAAAGAAAGAAGAAAAAAACCAUUAUUAUUGUUACUAAUGCAGAAGGGUUAUAUUAUUAGUUACACUCGGAAAAAAAAUAUUUUAACUAGAAUAGAUAUAAUAUUUAUCUUAUUAUUAUUAUUAUGAUUAAAGCUAUACAAAAUAUUAGAAUACAAAAUUACUACUUAAUUAUAUAAAAAAAAAUUUUGAAUAAUAAGGAGAACACACAAUUAAUGUUAUUAUAAUAUCUGUAGGAAUAAUAUUUUAUAAAUUAAUUAAAUAUUAUAACACACACACACACACACACACAAACACUAAAAUGUAAUGAAUUUUAGCUUAAAAAUAAAAUUCAGUAUUGAACCACAUUCAGUGUAUUAUUCACCCAUAAGUUACAAACAUUAAUUCUAAAAAAAAAACUGAUUAUAUAAUUAUUAUCAUAUAUAUAUAAUAAAUUAUAUAAACAGUAUACGAUUAGUAUAUAUAUAUAUAGAUAGUUUUCAAAAAUAAUAACUAUAUAAAAGAUAGUUUUACAAAAUACAAAAUGUCCAUAUAAGACACCAUUUUAAUAUAGAAACUUGUUUCCUAAUAUCUAAAUUAAAAUAUCCAUACAAACACUUGAUCAAAUAUAAAUACACAUAGAUAAAAUAUAGGCAUAAGUAAAAUAUGUUUAAUAAUAGAAGUUAAUAAAAAGUAAGACUUAAUACAAUAUGAUUGUAUCAAUAUUUCACUUUCAAACCAUUUUUAAUUGCUAUUUUAUUUAAACAUAUUAUUUAAGGGUUUAUAUUUUCAAUUUUUUAAACACCUGUUUAUAAAAUUAUCAUUAAAUAAAUACUUUUAUAUUAUAUCUUAUGUAAAAAUUUGAAAUGCCCCUUCGAAAAAAACCAAAUAUAUAACUAUUAUUAACCCUAAAAAUAUAAUCAAUCUGAUUAUAAAAUCAUGACAAGCAAAAACUGUUUUUAACAACCCGAAAAGUCAUGAAGUCGGGUUGCAUAAACUGUAAAUCAUUGAUCGCUUGCAGUAGGUUUUAGCUCUUUGAUUUGUUUAAUCAAAUAGGCCUUCUCGUCAUUGAAUUGUUCAUCUUCAGAUCUUUCAGUGUGAAAUCUAGUCAAAAACUCGACAAGCUUGUCUUGAUUACGAAGCAAAAUGUCAAGUAUAGGCUUGGGUUUGUUAGGGUUAGCAACAAAUACCUAUAAACAAAAUAAAAUAAUAUUAUUUUUUACAUUUUAUACAUUAAAAGCCAACAAAAAAUUUUACCUUGAAAACAUGGAAUGCUUCAAACUGGAUGUUUCUAGAUUUUUCUUUCAACAUGUUCAUCAUCAGUUUUAAAUUGUCUGGAUUUGAUAUAUAACGGGUCAUCACCUGUGACAAUAAUAAAAUGUAAUUAAUAAUUAGCAAGAACAGUGUUCAUUAACAAAAAACAUACAGUGAAAUUAUGACGAUCCAACAAAAGUUCCCCAAGCAAUUUAAGACUUUGACGACGAGUCACAUAAUUUUCGGAGUUUAGUAACUGUUGGUAAUGAGUAAAUACUUUAUCAUAGUUAAUUUCAAGAAAUUCUGCGCAUAGUGGUUUGUGUCGAGUCAACAAUUCCUGUUUUUACAUAAUCAUUAUUAUAUUAUAAAUAAUAAAAUAAAAAUACUUAAUUAAUAUUAUUAUAGAAGUGCACACUUUAAAUGUGGAAAAUGCGUCUGAAGCAAUAUCAAAAGUAGACACUUCCACAUAACGGAAGAAAUUAAAGAAUUCUUUUGAGUAAAGCAUGAUCUUGGCCAACGCUUCAUAUCUAGCGCAUUCACGUAACAUUGUGCCACAGUUCAGUGCAAUUUCCUGAUGUUCAUACCUUUAAUUAUAAAUAGUUUUUUUUAAUUUUCAAUAAUUUAUUGAAUUCUGGUUAAGAAAAAUAUUUAGACACAACUCUUAUUUUCAUUUAAUAGAAAGUAGGUGAAAUAAUAAUUUGCAUAAAAUAAAUAAAAGAUAAUUUACAACAUUGCCAAAUUCCUUUAAAAUUGAUUAUGUGUUAUUUAAUUUAUUAUUGUUUAGAAGUUCCCUAAGGCUUGGAUCCCUAAAACUAUUGAAAAAUGGUCCAAAAAAAAGUUAAAAUUAUCCUAAACAUUGCCUUUUAUCAAAAUAAUGCCCUUAAAGAAUGAUACAAAAAGCUAAAACCUGUUAUAAAAAUGUAAAAUAGGGGAAAAUAUAAUAUUGUGUAUAUUAAAUUAUCAAAAUAAAAGGAUCGACAAUGUGUAUUAAUGAAGAAUAUCUUAAAUCUAAUCGGUAAAGCAAAUUCCACAAAAACAACAUUUUUUGACAUUACAUCUUUUCAUUUUGAAUGACUUAAAUUUAAAAUAUACGAAUAUGUACUUAAAACUAACAAAAUUACCAAUCAAGUUUUAAAAUAGAAUGUUCACUUUUCAAGUAGGUAUCUUACAUAAAUCAAAUUAUGUAUUUGAAAAGCAUUGCCUUAGAUUACAUUUUGGACUGGAAUCCUGACCCUAGAUAUAACUAUAAGUAACUCUAAUAGUAUACAUUUUGAAAAUACUAACAGAACAAUAUAAUAAUUCUCGCCUUAGAUUAAAAAAAACUAAAUAUAAUAUUAUAUAUAUUGACUAUAUACCUUACCCUGCAAUAAGAGUAAACAAGAUUUCUGAUUUAGCACAGAUGUGUUCAACAGUAGGCGAUCUGCUACCGAGUUGUCGCCGAAGAACAUUGUUAAAUACUUGAGCAACAUCCUUUUUGCCCUGUAAUAUUGUAUGUAUUUUAAAUAUUAAAUGAACAUUCAAAUUCUACUAGUUAACUUAAAAUAUUUACUUCAAAGUCUAUUUUCGUUAAAUUUUGUACCAGCAUGAGUAAUAAGUUGUUAUUGUACAUUUCUUGCGCUAGUUGGGCAACAACAAUAUCAGACAAAGGCUCAGUGUCAGCGGUUCCAUAUAACAAAUUCUUAAUGACCAAAAGAUUUUUACUCACGUCUUCCUGUGCCUGAAAUAAUAUAUAAUAAUAAUAAUAAUUGAUACAAAUGCAAAAAUAAUGUAACAAAUAAAUUGACUAUUUAUUAACUGUCCAUUAAUAUUUGUUAAAACUAGGUUGAGAAUAAUAUCCAUCAGUCAACUGCAGUAUUAUUAGCUAUGAAUGUACAAAAGUUAAUCACUUUGAUCUCUAUUAAAACGGUCAGUAUUAUAUUAAGUUUAAUUGAUCUUAUCAGAUAUUCUUUUAUUCAAAUUACACAGUUUUUUUUUUUUUUUUAUACGAAUAUUGUAUCGAUAUAAUAACUAAAGUACUUAAAUAGAAUAUAUGUAUUAUAAAAUUAAAUAUAAUAAACAAAUUUAAAAAAUACCUCUGAAAAUACCUAUACAUGAAUUUGGUAACUAUUUGUGUUAUCUAAAAUUAUGUUUGAAACGAUAAAAUAAUUUACCUUACAGAUAAAAUAUUAUAUAAGUAUCAGUUAAUGUUUUUAUUUUUUUCUUUAAAUCAGUAUUUAAUUCUAUACUUACUUUUUCCAAUUUUUUAUCUCCUUUUUCUAAAGCUACAACGGCUUCUUUUAUUUGUUUUACAACCUCCACUGGGUUUUUCUGUGAUUUCCCGAAUAAUGGCAUGUUUCUAAAAUAUAUAAUAGGAUUCAUAUUGAGUAAUACAAUUAUUUUUCUUUAAAAUAUACCAUUUGACCAUCACCAAUCAGAAUUCAUAGGUGGUCAAUAAUGUACUGACUUAUUUAAAACACGAAUACAUAAAACUCAUCAUUUUAUCUCUCUUUUAGGAACUAUAUAUUAUAAUAUUUAAAAGAAAUGUUAAUAGUAAUAAUAUCUUAUUUCUAUAAAACAAUGUAUUCAAGCAAAUAAUUAUAAUAUGCAUUUAUAUCUAUACAUAAUUAAGAUAAGAGUUUAGAAAACACCUAAUCGUUUAUUUUAACGUUAUCUUUCUUUUAAUAUUAUGGAACACAAUACUAUACUAAUAUAGUUAUACACCUGUAAAUAGUUAUCUAAAAGUAGGUAUAUAAGUAUAAAACAUGGGAACAAUUAAUACAAAUAAUAGAUUCAAUGAAGAUGGUAUGUUUUUAUUUAAAAACAAAAAAAAAAAAUAUUUACUUAUGAUGUUUGUAUACAACGGGCAUUUUUUUUUAUAUAGGUGUAUAUAAUAUUGUAUUGAAGUACCUACCUACAAUAAACAACUAACCAAAUAAUAGAAACGAACAUAUUGGAAAUGAUCCAAUAAAUUUACUUAUAAACAGACAAAAAAGUUACUACACUCACAUUGAAUUGCUUAACGAUUAUUAUACAACCAUUUAUUACAGAGCAAAAGAAUCCAAAAAUAAAGAUCAAUACAAUAAAGCAUACAAAACAUAUUAUUAUUGCAAAGUCUUGGAAUGAUAAUACUUUGUGUUUAAUUGUUUAAUUAAGUACCUAGGUAUUUAAAUGUAAAAAUAUAUUGUAUUAUAAUAUCCGUUCUAUUAAAUUAUAACUGCAAGUUGAAUGUCACAGACAACCAAAUUUGUAGACUAUAAUUAUAACAAGUUUUAGGUUUUUAGAAACAAAGUAGGUAAUAAAUUAAGGUCUUAUUAAAUGCGUACAACAACAGUAUCAGUAGAAUGAUAUUUAAUAUAAUUAAAUAGGUAGGUAUUAAAUAGGUUCUAUAGGUAGGUAGGUAUCUAAUCUCAAUAUUUAAACUUUGUAUCAAAAUAAUAUUAUAAUUGAUCAGCAUUACAUAUCAUGAUAUUUUUAUAUUCUGGUUCGCCUUUUAUUUCACGCGAGCUGUUCGGCCCGACUACUCUCGCUGCUACAGUUUACUUUAACAUUCCAUUAAAUCCGUUUUUUUAAUAAUUUCAACUAUUAUUAUUUUGAUUUUUUUCGUUUUAUUCAACGAGAAUCCAUUGUUUCCUUAUCACAAUAUUGUAAACAAAAAAAAAGUGCACUAAUCAGUCAAGACAAAUCGUAUGAAUUUACUGGGCUCUAAGUUAAUCCGGAUUGCCAAGACCAAUUACCGUGCGGAUAUUUGAAACAGAGGGAGCUUGUAAAACGCAUUCUCAAAACCAAAUCGAUGGUCACGGGCCGCAGCGGCAAAAUCGGGUUCUACUUCGCCUCAUUUACUCGUCCACGCCACACCGCUCGCCUCUAACAAGCUUGCGAAGCGUUUUCAUUGUUCUAUACGGCUCUGUCUGUCUCCGGCUUUUUUUUUUCUCUCACCUGUCGACUUGAAACGAAAAACAAACCACCAAGGAGAAACCUGAUCUAAACAUCGCUGGCGCACACGACGUCAUCGGUCACCGCCGCGCAAGAACGACGAAUAUUAUCGCGGCGAAUAAUAUACUCACAGAACAGACUGCAAACGAUUAUUUGUAACGGUUUCGUUUUUCUACCAGACGGACACGACGGCCGGCGACUAUAUUGGAUACGACGGUUUAUAAUUAUUCUCGAAGACAAAUACAAUUAGGUACACACCGGGUCGCAAGCCUACGUAUAUCUCUGGGAUAAGAAUACGAGUAUCGAGAUAAUUGCGUUCGCGACGUCUACGGCCGUACAAGACUGUCAAGACUGCAGAGACGAUGCGUUUACCGUGCAGCGCGCUAUCGGCUUACACAUGCCAAAAUAUUUCCAAGACGCGAUCGUCUGCGUACGUGCGUGCGUGCAUAGCGUGUGUAUCGCGCCCGCGCGUGCGUACCCGCGUUCGGAGUUAUCGUCGUCAAAAUAACAACAGCGGAUGGAUACAACAACAAUAAUAACAACAACGAUGACGACGACGACGGCGAUAAUACAUAAUUGACCGCGGCGACGAAAAAUUGCAUGUUAACGCAGGUAUAAUAUUGUGUUAUGCGCACGUACCUAUUUAGUAGUGAACAGUGUUGACGGUGAACGACGACGACGACAAUGUCCGUCGAGGAUUGUUCUCGGAAAACUGCUGAUGUUGCGGCGGCGGUACCUGCUGACGGUUUCGUUACGACUGUCGGUCCACUGUUCGGCCGUAGCACAAACGCUGACGUUAUGCGGAUUUCUCGCUCGGAACGGACGACAGACGAGACGCACAGUCAACAGCCGACGCUAUAACUACCGACAACGAUCGCCGACGCUAUCGCACGAGUACGCUGCAGCGGUGGCGGCGGCGGCGGCGGCGACGGCGUCGGCUGCCGCAGCAGUAGGACGUAGGUACGCCAACGCCGCCUUCUACUUCACCUCCUCCGCCGCGGCGGCGACAACGACGACGGGUUAUAAUUUGGCUUUCGUUCGCUAUGCAGUCCACCGUGACAGCAGCAGUCGCCGCCGUACGUUGCACCAGGGCCGUCAUUUUCAAAUGGGCGCGAGGUGGGGGGUGGGGAAUAAUGCACGUGCACUAUUAUUGGCAAUCUGUGUUCUAUAGGUUUUCCGGCGAAAUAAUAAUAAAAAAAUCACCGAUAUUCCGACACAUAGUAUCAAUACAUACGUAGCCACGUAGACGGUACUAUAUUUUAUCGAUGAGACGUAGAAAAAAAAAAAAACCUCAAGAGAAAGCCGUGUAGGUAUAAUUUUUUCGGUGAUGUGUACCUACGGAAAAAAAAAAAAAAAAAGAUACAAUAACAAUAACGAUCUCGGAGUGAAAAAAUCACAAACGGAUUAUAUGGAGAGAGGAGGGGGCCGAAGAAGAAAAAACGGGCACCGGCAAAUUACCGACAAAUCAUAAUGAUGAACACGAGAAAGUCGGGAUUACAUAUUAUACGUACCUGCCUAUUAGAAAUUAUUCGUACUUUUUUUUCCAAAAACUUUAAGGCGGUUGAAAGCAGUGGCGUAGUUAUGGGAAAGGGGGGGAUAUGAUAAGGAUAGAUCGCCGCACUACGUAUAGGUCAUUCGUUUAUGUUAUAUAAGCUGUAGUAUGCCCGUUUGCAAUGAAAAAUCGAUUCUGAGCGGAGUAGUAUCAGUCUUGUUUUCCUCUUUUCGAGCUAAGGCAUCCCAGAAAUCAACAUAACUGAGAACUAUGUACCGACAAUAUUGUUCGUCAGUUUUUAAAUUUUAUAGAAAAACUGUGGGAAAUCUAGAAAUUGUUUUCAAAUAAAGUACCACCGGUCAAAAAUAUGCAUCUUUUAAUCUUUUCGUGUACAAUACGAAUAAUUUAGACUAUUCAGAGCAUUAUUUUUACUGGCCGAAAAAGUAUUUUCCGAGAAAAAAAAAACCCAAAAAGAGGACCUAGUUGGACAUUUAAUAAAGAGUGUUAAUUAAAGUACCACCGAGUAAAAAUUCCACAUCAUUUAAUGUACCUAAUGCGUGAAAAAGUUCACUCACUAAAAAAAGUGCGAUUGGGAAUUUCGGAAAAAAUUUAAAUUUCAUUUAUUUUUUAAAUACGGUCUGCGAAAAUCCUCAUAUUUUGUAGUGUAGCAUGAACGCAUUUGUACAAACCGAAAAAACUUUUUACACAUAAAAAAAAAAAAAAAAAACCAACACAAAACACAUUUUAGUAAAACGAAUAGUUUCUUCGCUGCACUCAGUAUAUACUGAAAGAAAAACGACGUUAUAACAAUAACAAUAAACUAGGUAGACUUGAUAAAUAUGAUUUUUGCUAUUCAGCCGAAAAGGCAAUCUCAUCGAAUUGACAAUAUAUAAUUAUUAUAGCGCUGGUUGGUAAUAUUUUAUCUUUACUAUGACAAAUAUUGUCAAUAAGACAAGAUUCGUGAAGUUUACUAAAAGAAAAAAAAAAAUCUUGUAACUGCCACACGGUCGGGCAUUGAACCCGAGACCCUGUCUUAUCUAAUCUAACGCCCUAACCACUACAUUACUUUACCUGGUUGCUGAUUAGCCGAUUUUAUGACUAUGUAAGUUAUAAAUCAAUUUCAAAAUAUUAUAAUAGUCUUGCUUGUACAGUGACGUCUCGAAAUUGCGGCCUUUUGGAAACAAGAACUUUAACCUCCUCUAAAUAGUGGACACCAGUGCCAGGGGGAUUGCGGACGGGGUGGUGAGCGGGCGUGCCCCCUCCCGUUUUUUGUUUAUUGGUUAUUUUGGUGUAUUUUAUCGUUCAACAAAGUAUGGCAACUUACAUAAAAAUAAUAAAUGUCCCCCCGAGAAAAAAAAAAUUGGUUACGGUACUGUAUAAUAUAAUGUAAUGACCAAUUACAAUAAUAAUACGAAUUCAAUUUAACUGCCAACCACAUUACAAAUUAUAUGUUUUUGGCAUAUGAUAUUUUAUGUAUGGAGAUGUAAAGUAAACGACUGGUAUCAUUUAAUGCGUUAAUGUCGAACCGUCGCGGACCACGGUCAACAAUAUUAUGAUCAUAUAUUCAGAAUUUUAUUUUAUUACUGCACCAAUGAUGUCAUGUGAUUAAUAUAUUCAAAAUAUCAAUUCAACAAUUCGUUUAUAAUAAUCUAAUAAUAAUAUAUCUAUAAUAUCAUUUAAAAAUUCGUUAUUAAUAAUAUAAUAUAUUCAGAAUAUUCUUUGGCCACACCCGUUAAAUGGGUAUCGGAUAGUAGAUGAGUGGAAAAUCGUAUUAUUAGGGUUACUAGGGAAAACUGUUUCCAAUCAGCGGUGACCACUGACCAUACAUCCCGUUUAAAACGGGAUUGUCCCUUUUUAAUCCCUUUAUUUCAUUGUGUGUGCGUGUAAACGAAAAACCGGUAUAUGAAAAAAUACACUACGGUAGUGCAUUCAAGAAAGUUUGAAAAUUUAACAUUAGUUUUAAAAAAUAAUAAAAAACAAAUUAACGGGAAUGCGAAUUGAAGAUAAUCUUUACAAUGAGUAGAAUCGUGUAUAAUUUUGUCAAUGUCGUAAUAAAUGAUAAAUUAUUGACAAUUUAAAAGAAUUACAGAAUAAUUGUGUUCUUUAAUGUAUAAAGAAAACGAAAAAAAUAAAAAUAAAAAUGGUGUGGCGUCUAUACAGUUUCAGAAAAAAAAAUAUAUAUUUAUAUAUUUAUCAACAAUUGUUGACAGAAUAUUCUCUAGUUAUGUCUGGAACUAAUGCGGUUGACAAAAUAUGUUCCAGUGUGAUUAUGGACGGUUAAACAAUUCGCAUUAUUUUACCUACCUACCUAUAUUAUCAAAGAAAUUAUGAUUCUAAAAAAUAUUCUCGUAGUGAUUUUUAUGAUUUUUUUUUGCACAACCAAAAUAAUUACUAAAUGCAAUUAAUUCACAUACAAAAAAAAAAAAAAAAAAAAACCAAGAGCAUUCGACAUAAACCCGAUAAAAAUAAGAAUAUUUUGAAAAUUUUUUCAAACUCACAAUAAAACCGAACACAAACAAAUAUUUUUUUAAAAUAAUUAACUAUUUAUAAAUGAUCUUGAUUGUGUUUUUUCAGAGUAAACCUUUCAUUGUUUGGUCCGUUUUUUUUCCCUUAUAAUAUGGGCACCCUAACUAUGAACCUAUUAUUGUACCUAUAAGCCAAGUGACAACGGAAAGCCAAAAACCGAACGCAGUCACUAGUUUAAACAAAAAGUCGACUGUAACAAGUCUGUGUUCGAUUAUCGAGUACGUUAAACGUGUAGGUAGGUCCUUUUCAUUAUAGAAGUUGGUGUGAAACGACGAAUUGAAAUUUCUUCAUAAUCCGUGUGUAAAACACAAAAAAUAAUAUUAAAAUCCCAAGAUUAACACUAGUGAUUGCGGUCAGUCGAUAACGCGGCCGCGCGACGCAGCUUGUGAAUUGAAGGUGGAAUUCCCCAUUGCUCAGUCAGUCAGUCAUACAAUGAUAAUUUAUUUCGAUUCAAACUGGACUUAAACAUAGAUUACGGUAUUUUUAUAUUCUUGUUUGUUUUUUUUUUUUGAUUAACUUUGAAUAUUUGCUUAUAUGUCCAUUGUACAUUUAUACCGGUGGUGUCCAAACUUUUUUUCGUAGAGAAACCUAUUAAGAAUGUAUUUGUCCUCUGAUGAUCGACUUCCUAACAAAAAUGUAUUAUUAUAAAUUACCUAAUAGAUAAUAGUACACAAUCAAUAGUGCACACGCGCGUACAAAAUAAUAAAACUGAAAUGCAUAGUCGUAAUCGUAUUACUUGAUAAAUUUACAACAAAGUAUAAAGAUGAUAUAUUAAGAUAAAAACGAUCAGCAAUUUUUAUUUGCCGGUCAAUUGCAUACAAAUAAAUUCUAAUAAAAUGGAGAACGGCGUUUAAAUCAUCUGCGAUCGACCGGUUGGCCGGACCUGCAUUAUACAAUAGCAGUAUUUUUCAUCGGCACAUUUCCGCCGAUAUAAUUAGUAACGGCCCACCGGGAAAAUCCCGGUGUCCCGGCGGGCCUAUCCGCCCUUGCUGAUAUAUAUUAUACGUCUACCUAAUAUUAUAAUAGUUAUUGCAUUAUUUUAGACAAGAAUACAAUUUAGAAUUUUUGUGCUACAAUUAAAAAUUCUUAUUAAAAACAAAGUUAGUGAAUUCAAAUAAUGAAAUAAAAAAAUGUUAAUUGAAAAAGUAUAAGUAUAUAAAUUGUUUUGCAUUGUUUGCUAUUUUUCAAGUAUGCAGAAAACAACUGUAAGGCUUUAUCGCGUAAGCUUUUUUUCUUUUAACUCUUUUAAUUUGUGUAAUAAUAUAUUAUGAUCAAUAGUAUGAAAUGCUUUUGAAAUAUUUAAAUAGACAGUAGCACAGUUUUUACUAUCAUCUGAAGAUUUAUAAACGAACUGUGUCAUAAUAGCGAUGGCUUGAUCUGUGCUUUUACUUUUUCGGACAUCAUAUUAGAAUUGAUGUAUAAUAUUGCAGUUAUCUAGAAAUGUUACUAGUCUAUUUUUAAUAAUUUUUUCAAAUAUUAUUGCAAUGUUUGAAAUCAUUGAGAUUGGUCGAUAAUUAUUGAUUAGAUUAGUUUCACCCUUUUUAAAAGUUUGUUAUAAUUCACUGUUUUAAUAUUUACACGUUUUUUUUUUGUUUUUGUAUGCAAUUAAUAAUUCAAUGAAUGAAGUUUUUGAUAUCGAUUUAUUAUUAUACUGGACCAAAGCAACACGAAUUUGAUUUGUUCGUUGACUUGUUUCAGAAGUUAUUCGGUGAGGUAUAUGUACCUUUACUUGAUAGUCUUAUGUACGUAUCUGUUUGAAAAUUGAUGAGAACUUUAUUGAAGCCGAAAAUUUGAGGAUGUGGAUGAUAAAACUGAAUUAAAUCUAUUGUGAAAUGACCCACAGGUAUUCGUUGUAAGUAUAGACGAUGAUGAUGCAGCUGCCCAAAUACGUGGCGGAAACAAUGAAUUAUUUUCCAUAUUAAAAUUGUUAGUCAAAUAGUCAGCAAACAUUUGAAAUUGACUAGUUAAACUAAUGCGAUAUCAACAAAUAUUAACAGUAUUCCAAACUUCUCGUAAUGCGACAUGAAUCGAUUCUUCAAAAUUGCAUAUAAUUGUUGUAGGUUUUAAUAUCAGAUCAACAUUUUGACAUUUAUGAAUCAAGAUAUCGGAAUAAUGUGUGUACUUUUGUUUUACAUUACUCGUAUCAUUAAAAUAUCCGUGUAAAGUAAAAAGUCGAGAAAAUAAAUUCGGACAAUAAUCGAAUCAAGAUAAUAUAUUGUUUCAUCAUUACAUAAGAAAUCAAUAUUUGUGUGGCAAGAAAAUAUAAUUAUAUUUUUAUCAGAAUUAUUUGAUAAAAUAAAUGGUUCACCUUUAAGUGUUUUAAUAUCCAAUGGCAACAAAAUUGUAUGGCUUUAUCAUUUAGUGAUACUGGAUAUUUUGGCAAUAUUUUCCUUUUAUUAUUAUAGAUAUAUUACGUCUUAUACAGGCACGUAAACAAAAAAACAAAUUCGGGGGGGAGGGGGGGGUCAUAACAAAUUUACAAUAAUCAAUAUUUAAAAAAAGACGUCCUAGGAUAAUGGGGAUGGGUGCAGCCAAAAGUAUAAGUAUUUUAAUGUAUACUUGUAAGCAGUGAUUUACCAUUGCUUACAAAAAAAACGAUUCUGAGUGGAGUUCAGUUGACAGUGAUGCUUUGUCAACAAUAUACAUAUAUGCCAUAUUAUAGUAAAAUAAUUUAAAAGGCUUUAUAUAUUUUCUUUAAUAUUUGUUUAAUGUUGUACCGAUUUUCCCAGUUUCCCCACAUUUUCCCCGGUUUUUCAUAAUUGCUGGGAAAAGAACUGAGAAAAUCGAAAAAUGACCUCUUUAAAGUACCUCCCUAGUGAAAUUUCCUUUUUGAAAAAUUAGUAUCAAAGUUGAAGCAAAAUUACUAGUAGAAAAGUUAUGAACAGAAAAAAAGAAGGCCGUAAUAUAUUUUACCUAAUACCUACAUUUCUUAUAUUUUAUCGUUUUGUUUUCGGUUUUUCAAAUUUGAUGAGAACAAUUUUAAGAAAAUCGAAAAAUGAUCUCUAAAAAGUAUCUAUCUUUUUAGAAAAGGUGCUACACUUAGAAAUUUGAUUAAGUCUUCCGGUUAAAAAAGUUGUUAACAGAUAAAAAAAUAAAUAAUAAACACCUUUGUAAAAACCAUAAGCUUCUUCGCUCCACUUAGAAUCUAAAAAUAUUAAAUUUAUAUAAAAAAAGUCAUAAAACUAUUAAUUUUCAGGGGUGGUUGAACCCUAACCCCCCCUUGUAUACGUGCCCGGUCUUAUAUAUCAGACAUUUUCUUGGUGGUACAAACAUUGGAAACUGUUGAAUUUUGUAGCGCAUUUCUUAAAAUAUUUUUUCGUAUAGAGUUUCUUGUGCCUUUGUUUUACACAAUUUAUAAAUGUGAACGUUUUUUCGUCGUGAUUGAUUAAAAACACUAUUUUCGACUACCCGUAGUGAUGCAAGUUACAUUUAUUUUGGAGCAAAUUACAAAACUUUCUGUUAUUUAUACCUGUAACUAACGAUAAACCACUACUAACGAAAAACAAUUUGAAGUUCGGUUAUACAUGUUUUGAAAGGCCGUAAUAUUUACGAUUUUCGUCAAAAUUCGAUUUUAAAAUUCUUAUUAAAAAAAAAAACUUCAUUAAACUAAAUAUUUUUUUUGAUCACUAAGUACAACUUAUAAUGAUCCAACCAUCAAAUUUUCAAGCAUUUCUAUUAAGUCUAACCAUUUAAUUACAGAGUACUUACAAAAUAAAAAUUGCGUAAAAAACUCGUAAAAUUAAAAUAUCUAUAAAUAGCUUAAAAAUUGCUCAAAUAUUUUGAAAGUCCAAAAUUACCAGAAUAUUUUAAACAUUUUACCAAAUACAAUAAAGACAAAUAUAGGUAUUCUGUGAAAAUUACAGAUCUUUAUAAUUAUUUUUAACUGGAUUACAAAAAAAAAAAAAAAGUGAAAUUAAUGAGGUAAUAAUGUCGAUAUAGUUAUUUAAAAAUACGUUUUUCUCUGAUUUUCAAAAUUUUUAAGAAAACUACAAAGAAGCUGAAAAAUCCUCUUCUCAAAAGACUAAUGAUUUGAUAAAUGUUGUUUUGAUAAAAGAUUCUACACUCGGAAAUCUGAGCAAAAUUUCUGUUAGAAGAGUUGUUUUUAGAUCAAAAAAAACACAUAGUAAAACAAAAAUCUAUUUAAGAGUAUCGUAUUUUCCAAAUACAUGUAGCUUCUAUAUACAGUGUAUUUAUCGGAGUUGUUUUUUUUUUUCUUGAAAUUAGAGCUCUUACUACUCUCAGAACCGAUGAGAUCUGAAGUCUAGACCGUCGUUAUGUUUUUGUUGAUCCGGCUGUGACAGAUAUAAAACAAUAACUAUAAGUAUUAAUAUUGAAACGAACGUCUUCGUACUUCAACAGCAGCUGUCGUUUCUCACGAUUCCAUUUGUAGAACAUUUUGAUAUUUUCCCAUACAUAUUUACCUUUUAAGUAUUGAUGGUCAUUCAUUUUUCGAUCGAUCCUAUGUCGUUUUAGAAAUCCUGCAGACUACGUUAUUGCAUAAUUUAUAUCAUGUUUUAUACGUUUUCUGCAUCAUCUGACUCGCGAAAAUCCGUAUUUAAGAGAAAGUAACCUACCUAAUAAAUGGAAACUGCGUCGAAACUAUUUCGCAUAUUUUGAUUUUUUUUUUCUACCAAAUUUCAUUAUAAGAUAAUGAUAUUUUAUUGGGGGUUCCAUUUGAGGGAAACAUAUGUGUAUUAGUUUUUACUUACAAUUAUUGACCAAUAUUUGCCGUAUCGUAAGUGCGUUGAUCGAUUAUACUUUGCAGGCCGUAACAUUCAGGCUAAAAAUUUAAAUUUUUUAUUUACUGAAAUUGGAAUUGUGUACUAUUAAAUUAUCUACAUUUCAACAGUCUUCUAUUAAACAAUAAUUGGCCUGACGCUUGAUGGGGGAAGGAGGAGAAUUGACCUCAUAAUAUGAAAAUGACGUCCAUGUUGUUUGUUAAAAUGAAAAAUGUCUAAAACAUACAAUAUAAUAUCUUAUAUGAAUAAAAGAGAUAAUAUAUAAUCAUUUUUUUUUCUGAACUUUUGAUUAUAAAAAAUUACAUUUAAAUAAUGCAUAAACGAGUUAUUAUCGUUUUUUUUUUUUUUUUUUGUAGAAAGCAAUUUAAAUUAAUAUUUCUUUUCUCGAAAUUAAAAAUCGUUUAUAUCUUUAAAUAUAAUAUUGUAUAGAAGAAAAUAAAAACGCAAGAAAAGUCCACUAGCCGUAUAUAAUUCAGGGGUGGCCAAACUUGUUUUGUUAUAGAUCUACUAAAAUAGUAUAUUCUUCCUUUGUGCAUCGACUUUUUAACAAAAAUGUACAAUUAUAAAUAAACUAAUAGGUAAUAAUAACAAACAUACACGUACAAAAUAAUAAAACUAAAAUGUAUAGUUGAAUAAUGUUUUUCAUCACACUAUUAUUAAGACUAAUAUAUGUUAUUGUAACUACAAUUGCCAGGAUAAACUCUAUUGAAUUGUAUUACUUGAUAAAUUUACAACAAAAUAAAGAUAAAAUAUUAAGAUAAAUAUGAUCAGCAAUUGUUAUAUAUCUACUAAUUACGUAAAAAAAAAUUCUAUUAUCGACAUUUAAAUCAUCUGUCUGCUAUUUAUUGGUCAAUCGCGAACGACCGUUUGGCCACCCCUGGUAUAUAUUAUAUAUACAAUGCACGUACCUACAUUAUUGAACUUUUCAUUUUUUUUUUUCAUUUUUAUUUUUUCUUCUACUAUGGAGGCGUUUGAAAAUCUAACAAAACAACUCCUUGCCGUCGUCGAACUAAACAAAGUCUCGUCGAAAUUGCUUUUAUAAAUAUAGAUUGUUGUAACACAAAGACUGUUUGAUUAUUCGACACCGACAAAGAUAUUUUAUUUAUUAAAGUUUCUAUUGAAUAUUAUUCCGAUUAUAUUUUCACAGAAACAACAAUGACGUGUACGACGUGCAAUCAAACACGCUGUAGUUAAUGCAUAAUACAUUUUAGUAAAAAGUUUUGCUCGUGGGUGGAACAUUUAAUUUCCUAUGAAAAGUGUUGAUUUUGUUAAUGAAAUUUGUAUAUAGUUUAAUUUUAAAUACAUCAGUAUCAGUGUCAGCCUGGCGUGCCUAAAGCCCCUGGAACAUUUGUUUUGAUGGCUCCCAUCCAGUAAUUUGUCUAUAAAUUUACUUGCCCACACAAUUAAUAAUUAAUAAAAUAACAGAGUAAAAACAAAUUAUUAAAAUGGUAAAUAACUCGUAAAUAAAUAUACAAAUAAAAAAUGUAUACAUAAAAAUAAUACACUUACUAUAAUACUCCAGGCGACGCAUUCAUUCAUUCAUUUAUUUAUUUAUUUUAUUUUUAUACGUACAUUUUUUAUUUAUACAUUUAUUUACUAUAAUUAAUAAUUAUUAAUGAUAAAUGGUUAUAUUUUAUUAUUUUACUGCAAUCGGCAAUAGUCGGCUAAAAUGUUAAACAAUACUAUUUAUAUAUUUUAAUUUAUGCACAAAAGAUGAUGGUCAGUAGUCAAAUGAUAUUUUAUCUUUGGGCAUAAGAAGUCUCCAGACACAAAUUCGACUGAGGACUCCGGCCCCGUAUGUGGCCAGGCCGACACUUCAGGCCAACAGUAUUUAUAUUCUAUAUGGAUAGUGAUAAUUCAAAUUUGCGUAAAAUAAAAACAUUUUAUCAUAUUUUGAAAUAUUAUUUUUCAAAUUUCAAAAAUUCACAUUUAACCAACUCUGAUGGAUUUUUCAUGUAUAAAAAUCAACUGGCGUGGUGUGUUACGAACAAAAUAUUAUUGCGAGGAAUAAAAAUAAUUUUUAUAAAUUAUAAAAUUCGUGUUCUUCAUUUGUAGUGUUUUUAACCGUCCAUAAAGCUACGACGCGUAAAUAAAUGACUGUGUGAUGUUAAAUAUUAUGAUUAAUGCAUAUUAUUUUGAUGAUAUAAUAUGUUUGUGUUAUUAUCAUUUAAUAUUGUUAUUAUUAUUUCUUUUUUAUUAUAAAAGUUCAUAAAAUCAGAACAGUAACAGGCAUAGGAGGCGUUCCCACUCACCCGGAGAAAAAAAACCGAUUAUUUAUCUACUUUAUAUUAAAUCAUUAUAUUACAUAGUAUAUUAUACGAACGAGUGACUACGUAUAUUAAUAUAUAAUUCUGCAGUUAUCACUUGUAUUUAUUUUAAAUUUUUAAAUGAUAUUAUUUUGGGAAUUUUCAAAAAAUAUCUUUAUGAAGAGCAAAAAAAAAAAAAAAAACGAUCAUUGCAAACCCUUCAUCGAAAAUCAUUUUCAAACCUUUUCAUUCGAAAAUAUAAUAUGUACUUGAUGUACUUACACUAUAAAAACGUUAUUGAAAUUUCAAACAUUGUCACCGCGCGGUUAUGAACUAGAAACGGUAAUACAGUAACGACAUAUAAAAUAAAAUGAUUUUACUGACAUUCGGUUGUUGAACACUUGUACUGUCUCGUUCACCUUGGCACAAGCUAUUAUUUAUAGUAUUAUUGUAUUGUUUUGUUAAUAAUAUUACAAGUUCAAGUUUCAAAGCAAUAGGUAUAAUGAUUUAUCUUUGAAUUUGAAACAUGCACAUUGGAGCGAGGAGUAUAAUUCACACAGGGGUAGUCAACCGGGGGAAUGAGAGGCAUAUCCCCACCACGAAAUAAUUUUUCUAAAAUAUUUAUCAUACUACACAGAGUGUUUUUUUAAGCAUGCUCAGUGUUCACCUCAUUUUAAUGGUUAAAUUAUACAUAAAUUUAAAUUCUGAUUUUUAGAAUUUUUAAAUGUAGUGAAAGAUAAUAUUUUUAAAUACAUAGAUUUUUCACAAAAACGCGGAAAAUACUCAGGUUUAUAGUAUGACAUAAAAAACUCUGAGCAUUUUUGUAUUAAUCAAAAAAAUAUUCAUCAAGAAAAAAAAACAUUUUAGGAAAAUUUCUUCACUACACACUCAGUAUUUAAAAAAAAUUAGAUACCUAUACCUACAGUUUUACUAGUAUACUCGUAUACUAGGGUACACAUUAAUACAAAAUAUUGAAUAUUCUAAAAUUUAAAAAGCUGUCCUACGAAAAUGGGGAUAGGUGCAGCCACUGUUAUGGGUAAUUUAAUGUAGAAGCAAUGAUAAAUCACUGUUAACGAAUAAUAUAAUAAUAAAUUUAAAAAAGACAUACUUCGCAUGUGGGUGCAGCCACUGUUGUAGGUGGGAAGUUUGGAAGGUAGGAUAUAGACGGGAAUUUAAUGUAUAUAUGUAAGCAAUGAUGAAUCAUUGCUAUUAAAAAACUAUUCUGAGCGGAAUUCAGUUGAUAGUGUUACUAUGUCAACAAUACAAUAUAUGGUUUAUGUUAUAUUAUGGUAAAUGAUUACAACUAUGUGUGUUUCCAUGACAACAACGAUUCUUUAAAAAUGGUUAAAAAAAUAAAAACAAAAAAUAAAUAAAAACGGUUGCCAAUGACAACCUUAUUUUUAAUUUUUCAAUCUUUUUUAACCUAAAUAUUGAGGUUUUUCUUAUUAUCUCGAAUAUUAAUAAGAAUUGAAAAAAAUGACCUCUAUAAAGUACCACCCAGAGAAUAUUUCAUUUCAGUAAAGGUGCUAUACUUGAUAAUCGGAGUAUAUUUUCUAGUCGAAAGUAUUCACAUAAAAAAAACUUAAAAAACAUCUUUGUUAAACCAAUGCAUUUCUCGUUUCCCUCAAAAUCUAAAAUAAAAAAGAAUAAUAAUAAAAAUCUUUUGUAAAACCAUAAGCUUCUUCGAUCCACUAUGAAUCUAAAAUACAAUCUAAAUAAGUAGUACCUAUUAUAGUAUGCAUAUAUAUAUAUAUAUAUUAUAUUGUAUGCAGUAGAAGAAAAAAAACACUACCUAUAAUUUAAUUGUAUUACAUAGUUUGUAAAAUAAGUUUCAAUUAAAAUUCAAUCUAUAUAAAUAUAGAUUAUUUAUAAAUUUAUAAUAAUUCGUUAUCUAAUCAACACAUAAUAAAUAAUUGGUAAAAACUACGAUUUUUUUUCAUUAAUCUAAAUAACUUUGUAUAAUUUUCAAAGAAAGAAGAAUAAACGAACACAAUAGUGAUUUCUGUUUUUAUAUUAUGAAUUUAAUAUUUUAUAGACAUCAAGUUUAACUUCCUUUUUUUUUUUUUACUUUUUAAAUUUUAAUAAAAACGACCUAUGUGGCUUUUUAUUAUAUACUUACCUAACUUCAUUUUCCGACGUAGAUUAGUUUUCUGAAAACGUGAACGCAUAAACGUUGAACAACCAAUAACGUUUAAUAUUUAUUAGCACUUAAAGUUUUAUGUAUACGAGUGAGAGUGCUAAAUAAUUUAUAUUACACUGUUACACCUCAGACCUCAUUCUACGUGCAGCUCUUAUCUAAGCUUAAAACGUCAAAAAUAAUAAAACGUCGUUGGUUCAAUAUUUAAUAUUAAUUAUAAUUUUUUUUACAAAAUACGACUUACAAGGAACCUCCUUUAAAAUUUUUAAAUAUUUCCGUUUGGUCUAAUAAUUGUAUCCGCAAAAAGAACUUAUCGAAUAAAAAUUACGUAAAAAACUCACAAAAUUAAAAUGUCUAUACAGACGCUCAGGAUUUUUAAUUGGGGGGGGGGGGGCUUAAACAUUUUUUUAACGACUAACGAGGCACCUUAUCAGUAUAAUGUUACACAGUCGACGGUCAAAAUUAUUAUUGUUUUUGUCGUUAUCGAUCUAAGACGACGGGUGGCGAUCUGACGUAAUCGCUAGUAUAAAUAUUAAAAGACGUCCUAGGAUAUUGGUGACAGGUGCAGCCACUGUUAGAGGUAAUUUAAUGUAUACCUGUAAGCAAUGGUAUAAAUAAUUGCUUACAAAAAACGAUUCUGAGCGGAGUUCAGUUGAUGGUAAUGCUUUAUUAAUAAUAUAUAUAUGGCAUAUUAUAGUAAAAUAACUAAAUAGGCUCUAUAAAUUGUCUUUAAUAAUAUUUGUUUGAUGUUGUAUCGAUUUUCCCGGUUUUCCCAGUUUUUCAUAUUUGUUGGGAAAACUCCGUGAGAAAUGAAAAAAUGACCUCUCUAAGGUACUUCUCCACACAGAUUUCCUUUCAGAAAAGUUGCUAAACAUAAAUAUUGGAGCAAGUCCUCUGGUAGAAAAGUUGUUCACAGAAAAAAAAAAAUAAAAAUCUUAGUAAAACCAUAAGCUUCUUUGGUUCACUCAAAAUCUAAAAUAAUUGUCAACGAAAUUAUCGAUCGACGAUAUCCACAAACCUUAUCUCGAACUAUUGAACUAUUAAUGUGUAUCAAACAUGAUAAAUGAUAAUCAAAUAAAAGAAAAACCAUAUUUUAUUAUUGCAGAUAACAAUAAUAAUAAUAUUAUAUAAUAUAAAAACAAUUUGGGGGGGGGCUUUACCUCCAAAACCUCUCCUCUUCCUGGGUGCGCUACUGUGUCUAUAAAUAGCUCAAGAUGUGGCAUAAAUCUUUUGAAAAUUUUACCACGUCUAAAAAAUGUAAAUAUAUUUUUCUGUUCAAAUAUUAAGUCCUCUUGAAUAUUUUUAAUUGAAUCACAACAAAAAAACUAAUUUGAAAAUAAUUAAAUUUUCCCACUUUUUCCAAUUAUUAUGAAAACCCUUUCGAAAAUCAAAAAAUUAUCUCUUUUUAAGUACCCAGAUAAAAUUUCCUUUCGGAAAAAAGCUACAAUUGAAAUCCGGAGCAAGAUUCAUUGCUGAGAAUCUAAAAAGUUUUCAAAACAUAGCUUGAACGGUAUAUAGAAAAAAAAAACGAUUCUAGUUAGAGCUCAAGAUUAAAAUGUUAAAAUAAGUAAUUUUAUUUUAACAUUUUCUUUAAUAAACUGUUAAACCAUAUAAUAUUACCUUCAAUAAACCUUACUACCUAGAUUUAGGAACUUCUAUGUUACUAUAUUAUAUUUGAAUAAUUUUAUAUUAUUUUAUUCAAGUUUAUUUGCUGUUAACAGAAGUUUAAGAAUCAUUUUUUUUAAAAAAACUUCCAACUUUCUAUGGAUAACUAUUUAAAUCGCACAGUAAAAUAUUUUUAAUACCUAAAUUCACUUUUUUCGUUUACAGUUUUUGAGUAUAUGAUAAAUAUUUUGCUACAUUUAAUACAUUUUCAAUAAAACUUCCGACUUUUGUGAUUCGUGAUUGAAUAUUUCCUCCGUGCUGUCUUUUUUUGUAUACAAAAUGUGUGGCCGUUUAUUAUAUUGCCUAUACGUUCAUUUUUUAGGCGUAGCGGCAUUUUGUUCGUUUUAGCGUUUUAAAUAAUAUACCGCGCCAACGACGGAGAUGACACAAUUAAUUUUCUAUUCUAGUUCAAAACUAGUCUUGUAUUUUGCUACUAAACAAUAAUAAAAAAAUAUCACGAUCUGGUGAAUUACCUAAUUAUUAACAAAACCAGUUACAUUAUAUUAGUGGUUAUAGAUCUAUAUCUAAUAUAGAAAUACGCGUUGACAUAAAACAAUAUAACUCGCGUUGUUUGAAAUAAUGAGGUGUUACAAUAAUAUUAUUGUAUCAUUUUUUAAUUAAAAUAUAGUUCCAGUGUUAAAUAUAGUAUUAUUGGCAUUGUUUUUUUAAUUUUUUUUUUGUAUACAAAACUGACAUGUCAAUUUCAACUUGUGUUGACAUGCUGUCCGUUUUUGAUAUACAUGCAUAUGGAGUAUGAACGAUAUAAAAAAAUAUAAAAACAAAAAGCGAACGUAAAAUGUGAGUAGAUUUUUAAAUAAUAAAUAAUACAAAAGGUAUUUGAUUUCGCCACUCACAAAUGUCAACGUUACCAUUACCAUAUUUACAGAGCACAAACUUUUUUUUAAUGAACCCCCUGUUAAAUUUCCAAACAUUUCUAUUAUAUCUAACAAUUUUACCACAGAGUACAUGAACAAAAACCUACCGAAUAAAAAUUACAUACAAAACUAGCAAAAUUAAAAUGUUUAUUAAUAGCUCAAAAAUGGAUUAAAUUUUUUGAAAAUUUUACCAUAUAAAUAAAAGCCAAUUACAAGGAUUCUGUUCCAAUUUUAAGUCUUUACGAAUAUUUUUAACUGAAUUGCAACAAAUAACAAAAUUAAAAAUUGUAUAAAAGAAGUAUUUUCGUAAAUUUCCAGUUUUUCAUACGUUUAUUCUCAAUUUUUCUUUUUUAUUGGGGAAACUGCGGGGAAAAUCAAAAAAUGAUCUCCUUAAAGUACCACCCAAAGACAAUUUUUUUCAGAAAAGGUUUUACAUCGUAUGCAUCGAAGCAAGAUUUCUGGUAGAAUUUUUGUACACAGUAUAAAUAAAAAACAAAAAAAAUAACAUCUUUGUAAAAUCAAUACAUUCUUCGCUACAUUUAGAAUCUAAAAUGAUUAUAACGGUUCAUAAUAAUAAUAAAGCAAAUUACUUUGCAUAAUAUGUUAUACAGACUAUCAAUUUCCUUUAUGGCUGCUUCCAAAUAUUAUAUGGGUCAAAUAAAGUCCUUUUACGAUACACAAUCAAUAUAUAUAAUGUUAUGUUCGUUGUUCGAGAGUUAAGACAAAUAACAAUGAAUAUAAUAUUAGCAUUCAUAAUAUAUGUCCACGUGUCACCAAUUUAUCUUUAUACAUUGAAACAAUUAAUAUUAACUUGCUGCUGGCUUAGAAAAUGCCAUUAUAUAAUAUAAGCGUUAUCCUUUACGCGCGUCACCAAACACUGCAAAAUAUAUCUUUAAGGCAUUCUAAAAAUAAAUGUAUAAAUAUAACUAUUGUAUGUAAAAAAAAAAAAAAGUGAAAACGAAGCAAAAAGGUAUAAUAAGGAGGCGUUGUCUUUUAAAAAAAAAAAAAAAAUCGUUCAUAUUAAUAAAUUAAUAUAACGUAUUAUGCAGACAAAAAAUAAUUAAAUUUUCAUUAAAGAACACACCGUCAUUCACGUUAUAUUACAAUAGAUAGGUAACUUAUUAAAACGUGUCCAUGAAUGGCCAUGCUCACGGUUCAAUGAUCUCUAGCUUUUUGUGUGCCCACCUAUUUUAACUUACUAUAUAUAUAAUAUACAUAUGUAUCAUGAUACUGAAUUACUCUUGAGAAGCGUAUAUUAUUAUAGUGAUGACGGCAGCAAAGAAGAGAUUUCUCAUUAUUUUCCAUUGAUUAAUUAGUCCAAUGUAGGUACUUUCCUCCCUCGAGGUAUGACGUCACAUCGAUGGAAAGUCCUUGAACUUUAAAUCUAUAAGAUACCUACAUCUAAAAAAAAUAUAACACGAUUAUAUGAAUGUAAUAUUAUAUGUAAUAAUAAUAUUAUAAUAUUGAGAAUCUGUUAUUAGAUAUAUAAGAACUUUUUACACAUGAAUUUUAUUAUACAUAAUAUUGUAGAUAUAAUCAACGACAGGUACAUAAUUCGCAGUGGCGUAAUUCGGGCAUAAUGUCAUGAGUUGGAAAAAAAUGCUCACGAUGAGGACUUUCGGGGACUUUGCCCCCAUGCUCCCAAUAUUAUAAAAACAUAUAAUAUUUUAAUACGAUCAUAUUAUUAUGUAUUAUUAAUAUAAAAUACAUUAUAACUCUUCUUAUAUAGAUACAUAUUAUUAAAAGCUAUCAAAUAAAUCAUAUAAUAUUUUAAAAUUAUAAUACAAAAUUGAGGAUUUCAAAAUUGUAACUGUUUCAUUGUUUUUUCUUUAUUACAAUAAUUUAAUUUAAUUUAAAUUUAAGUAAUGAUUUUUUGAUUAUUUUCAAUUUUUUUACUUUUUAAUACUUAAAAACAAAAAUAUUCCAGAACUUUUAUCAACAAAUAUAAUAAUAGUAAAGCAAAUAUUAAUUAUUAUUAUUAAAAACACGACGACAGAAAAGUUUAAAUUUAAAAAUAGAUUAAUUUUUAUAAUAAUUUAUAAUAAUGAAAAAGUCACUUGUAAAUUGUAACUAAUUAUAUCUUCAUUGGUAUUUUUAAUAUAAAAUUUCAAUCGAAAAUGCUUUUUCCGUAAUUAAUUAAUUAAUUAAAUAAUUAUUUACCUACCUAAUUUUUAAUUACCAACAAAAAACGAUAAAUACAAAAAUUUCAGUGGUUGAAAAUUAAUACAUUUGUGACACCAGUAUUAUAUUUGGGGUUGUAUGUGCAACCCUUUAUGAUCCCUAAUUAUACCACUGGUCAUUGAUAAAUGAAAAUGCAUAAAUGAUAUGGCGCAUCAACUUUAUAAUUCAUACACAUUUAGUUGACAGAAUUGAAGUUAUUCGACAACUUUAAUUCAUUCAAAAUUAUUUUUCUUAUUUUAUGUUUUCAUAUUAAAAUUAUGAAAAUUAAUUUUGAAUGCAUAGAUAUAAUGUACAUUUAGUUAAUUUGAAAUAAUAUAGACGUGCAAUUUCAACAAUUUUUAAAAAUAUUUAUCUAAUAAAUGGUUUAAAGUGUACAUGCAACAAAACUAUGAUAUUUUAUACUGUGGAGUCAAAUAUUAUUUGUCGAGCAAUUAUUUCGAAAUUUAGCGUAUUCAUUUAGGUUUAUUGAAAUGUUUAAUGUUUAGUGAUAUUAUAACAAAGACAUCUUAACUCUUAAGUACAUCAUUCUAUUAGUAGUCUACUUUUACAUUCUGAAUGAAACGAUGAAUGUAUUUAAUGGUUUUAUUAUGCAUGCAAUUUUUGAAAAAAAAUAUAGGUGUUUGGCAAUGUAGGCAUUUGACAUUUUCAAUUUGUUUUCUUUUAGUUUUUAUUAUUUUUUUUUUUUGUAUGGAUACAAUUGUUUAUGUAGCACGAGAUUCAUUAUAAUUUGUACUUGGUAUUCAAAAACAAGUUGAGCAUUAUGUAAAAGUUUUAUAAGUUCAAAUAUGUCGGCAUUUCAAAACAAUGUUUAAUCGAUCUUCGCACAGAAUUAUGUUUGGUCAACAAUGAUUAUCGUUGCGUACAGAAAUAAAUUAAAUAACUUUGUAUAUCUUACCUUUUCAACUUCUUACAUAUACCAGUGUCACAUUCAUCAGCAAUAUCAACUAUUUUUGUCUUGUGUCUGUAAAUAACUUUUCUACCAGAAAUAAUGUUCCAAUCAAAAAACGAUUAGAAACAUUUUUUUUUCAUAUAAGAUUUAUUUUGUGUGAGGUAUUGAAGAGGUCAUAUUUGAUUUUUCUUAUGGUUUUUCUAAUUAUUGGAAAAACCCGCAAAUAAUCGAAAAAACAGGCAAAUGUAUGGUUCUGUUAUUUUAGUCGUAAUAUUGCCUCACGAAUGCCAUUGUUUAAGGGUCAAACUUUAGUAAAUUUCUAAUUUAAUCGUAGUCGCCCUCAAUGUUUAGUUAGUCAUAAAUGAUAGUGUGAGUGCUAUUCAAUACAUGUACCACCACCAUCCGCACACACACAAAGUAGGUAGUCUAGUCACUGUGACGAUGUCGCCAGCUCGUAAUUGUUAUCGUAAAAUUAUUUUUGAGUUAUUACAAUUUUCUCUAAUAAGUAGGUACUGUUCUAUUCCUAGUCAUUGACUUUUCAGAAAAGGUACUACACUUGAUACUUCGGAACAAGAUUUUUGGUAGAAAAGUUGUUCACAGACAGAAAAAAAAGUUUUUCUAGGAUAAUGGGGACCGGUGCAGUCAUUGUUAUAGGUGAUUUAAUGUACGAGUAUCUGCAAGCAACGAUUAACCAUUGCUUACAAAAAAACGGUUCUGAGCGGAGUUCGGUUUAUAGUGUUGCUUUUUCAAUAUAUAUUAUAUAUGUCACAUUAUGGUAAAAUAAUUAAAUAGGCAUAAUAUAUUUUCUUUAAUAAUAUUUGUUUAAUAUACUGAUUUUCCCAUAUUUCCUAAGUUUUAUCCUGGUUUACACAUUUGUUGAGAAAACUCUUGAGUAAAUCUGACCUCUUCAAAGUACCUUCCCAGUUAGAUUUUCUUUCAGAAAAAGUGCUAUCAAUGUAAAUCGGAGUAAAAUUGCUGGUAGAAAAAUUGCUCAUAGAUAAAAGAAAAUAUCAUUGUUAAACUAAUAGGUCCUUCAUUACACUCCGAAUCUAAAGAGAAGAACAAAAUAUCUAAACAUGUUCUUUUAACUCUUAAGUAAAACGCUAAUUAGACUAAAAAAAGUCAAUUUCUAAUCAUUAAAAAUUCGUAGAACGAACGUGAAAAUGUACGAAAAAAAUUCUAUUAUUUUAAUUUUGUUUUAUGGUUUUUCAGGUUAAAAUAUUCGUUAAGACUUAGAAUUUUUACAGAAAACUUAUAUUUAAUUUUUCUAGACACGGUAAAACAUUCAGAGCAUUUGAGCAAUUUUUAAGUUUUUUAUAGAAAUUUAAUUUUGCUAGUUUUUUACAUAAUUAUUAUUUGGUAGGUACUCUGUAGAUAAAUUGUUAGACUCAACAGAAAUGCUAGACAAUUUGAUAGGAAUAUCAUUAUAAGUUAUACUGCGUGGUCAAAAAAUUUAGUUUAAAGUAGUAUUUAUAUAUAUAUAUAUAUAUAUAUAUAAUAGUUUUAAAAUCAAAUUUUGACGAAAAUUGUAAAUGUUAUGGCUUUUCAAAACAUGUAUAACCGAAUUUCGUGCCGAAUCGUUUUUCGUUAGCAAUAGUUUAUCGUUUAUUACAGUUACAUUAAUUUUAUACACAUGUUCCAUCUUCCCAACUACACACAUACAACAGUGCUCACACCCGUCCCCAGUAUAAGGUCUUACUUACCCGCUACUCACCCGACCAUUAUGAUACAGUUCAAUGCCCUAAGGUCAAAAAAUAUUGAAAGAUAAACGGUUGUCAUUGGCAACAGCUUUUAUUUAUUUUUUGUUAUUAUUAAGUUUUAUUAUUUUAAUCUUUUUUUAAUAAUCAUUGUUAUCAUGGAUACGCACAUUUUUGUAAUCAUGUUGCCAUAAUAUGACAUAUAUAUUAUACUAACUGACCCGGCAAACGUUGUUUUGUCAUAUAAAAAUGAGUAGUUUGAUUUCUAAUGGAUAUUUUGGUAGUCAAACAAAAAAUAACUAAGUUAUGUGAGUGUGAGGGGAUGUAGGAUUGAAAGAGGAAUAGAGCACUACGAUGACUGCCUAUAAACCUAUAGCUGAUUUCACCAGGCGUUACCCAUGCCAUUUUUAUUUUUAUUUUUUUUUUGAAAUAUUCCAUUUUGGUUUCGACUGUGUCAGUAAUCAGUAUUGAAUGUAAACAAAUAGGUGGAAAUUGAAAAGAAUAGGUGGGUAGUCCACCUUCGGCGGACUAAACGUGUUUUGUUGUGUUAAGACUAUCUAACUAUAUAAAUGUGAAAUUAAAAUGAUUGUGUGCGUGUCUCAUGAAAUAAAUUUGUGAAAAUGAUGGUUCUUCAUUCGUACUUGGUAAUAGUGAAUCAACUGCAUGAUAUAGCUGACCUUAAAUUUUAAAUGUAGGCAUGUAAUUUCCAUGUCUUAUUUCAGUGAAACCAAAAGACGACAUUUGAAAGGCAGAAUUAUAUUACCGUAUAUUGUCAAGAAAAACUUGAGUGAUCAUGAGUGUUAUUAAUCAGACUAUUUAAUGGUUUUGACGGAUCAGCGAUUUCGUUCAAAAGAACUUUUCCUCCAUCACAGUAAAGACCGGGAGCUCAAGAGGCGAUUUCAUUGCCUGGCAAAACUCACAAAUCGUAGUCAUAUUGCUAAUAGAAACAUGGGAAUCAUCUGCAUAAUUGAUUGAAGCGUCGUACCUAAAUGCGGACAUUUCUUUACACCGCCAAGAAGACUGUGGUGAAUUAUUGGUUUCCCCAUUGGCAUUUGUAUCAUUUUCUCUAAUAGAACGCAAUCUCUUUAAAAUAGCAUUUUUCUGAAAGAAAAUGUUGUUUAGUUUAUGACUAAAAAAGUCGCUGUUUGAGUUUCAGUAUAGUUUUCCUUAUUACGAAAACCGGGGUAAAACGUAGAAAAUACGGAAAUGUUUACGGCAUUUGGGUUUUCUGUUGUUUUUCGGUUAAACAUUUUUUUUAGAAACCUAUAGUUUUUGAAAAAAAAUUAUAUUGGCCUUUUGUAGACGUGGUCAAAUUUCCAAAACAUAGUUCUUAUUAUUCUAUUUAUAGGUAUUUUAUAUUUUCACGUUAUGUGCAUUUUUAUUUGUGGGUAUCCUGUUAUUUUAAUUACAUAACUUGAGAGAAAUGCUUGAAAAUUUAAUACGAGGUACAUUAUAAAAUGUGUUUAGUGGUUUAAAAAAUUAAUUUGAGUUUAAUCCUUUUUAAAUUCUGAAUGGAGCGAAAAAGCUUAUGGUUUUAUAAAGAUAUUUAGUUUUUUUUCCAGUGUACAGCUUUUUUACCAGUAGUUUUCUUCCGAUUUUUAAUGAUAGGAAUGUUUCUAAAAGGAUAUUUCAUUAGCAAAGUACUUUAAAGAGGUCAUAUUUCGAUUUUUUCAAGUUUUUUUCCAGCAAAUGUGAUAAACCUGGAUAAAACAUGGAAAAACCGGGAAAAACGUAGGAAAACUGGUAAAAUCGGUACAAAACUAAACAAAUAUUAACAAUGAAAAUAUAUAAAGACUAUUUUAUUAUAAAAUGAAAUAUAUAUUGUUGACAAAGUAUCACUAUUAAUUGAACUUCGCUCAGAAUCGUUUUUUCGUAAGCAAUGAUUUAUCGAUGCGUACUACUGAUAGGAAUCCGAAAAUCCAGAUUUUUCAAAAAAAAUGCUAUUAAAGUCCCUUGAAAGUCUUAUAAAUAUUAAAAAAUAUUACGAUAUAAAGUUGUGUACCUAAGUUAAAUGUUCGGAUAAAAAUCCGAAAAAAAAACUUUUAAAUUUAAAUAUAAAAUGCUUUUGGAUUUCGGAUUUUAACAAAGAUCCAAAAGCACUUAAAUUUGUUGGUAUUGUGUUUUACUUUUACAUUUUUACAAAAAAUAUUUUACUUACGUAUGAUUUUAAAAUGGCUUUAAGUGCUAUUUUUUGUGAAUGUCCGGAUUUUCGGAUUCCCAUUACUUAUGCGUACACAGAUAAAUUCAAUCACACUGUAUAUUGGUAUUAUCCUAUCUUUUUAACUGCCCACAUUCAACAGGUUCAUAGUAUGAUGGCUCUUUUAUUUCAUGUACUUAUCUAUAUCAGUUAGUAAAUAAAGUUAGUACAUAACGGAAUUUGUUUAGCAAAAAAAGUAGUACACAAAUCCAAUUACGCGUAUUUUUAAAAAUUAUUAAUCGAUUUUGAUUUAAAAAUUUGAAUACUAAUUAUUUAGUAAUUAAAAAAUAAAACAAAUACAUAUCACAGCUAUUCUUAUUAUAAUGCCAUUUUUUGUUUACUUAGGUAUUACCUAUUAUAUUUUUAAUUUGUUUAUUUUAAAUAUAAAUUUGUACAUUUAUUAGAUACUUCCUUGCAAAGGUUCGCUUAUUAUUAUAACUAUUUAAUCGUUUUUCAGUAGUUAUUAUUGGGAUUAAGUAAAAUUUUUCAUCUGUAUUGAUUAACAAUAAGGCGCAAGUAUGGCAUUGUUGUGGUUGUUGUAUGAAACAAAUAUAAUAAAUAGGUUAUUUCAAAUUUAAUUUAUUUUAACAGCAUAAAAAUUAUUAUUAAAUCAUGCAUAAUAUCACACGGGAAGUUAAUUAAAAAGUAUGUUUAUAUCAUUUUGUAUGGUUUAAUAUUUCGCCAAGUCGUAAUAACUGACGACGACGGAAAUAAGAAAAUGUUUAUGAAUUUUAUUUUUUUAAAUAUUUAGUUUUGAUACACCUAUAGUAAGAAUUAAUCGAUAAUAAUUAAUUUAAUAAAUUAUAGCUGCAUUAAUACUGUGUUAUAUUGCAUAUUAUGCAAUAUAACAAAAUAUAAUAUACUUUUGAAUCAAAUCUCUACAGAAAAUGUGUGUACUCUGUAAUUUUUUAAAAAAAAUGACAUCCUAGGAUAAUGGGGACGGGUGUAGGUAUUGUUAGAGAUAAUUAAAUGUAUACCUGUAAGUAACGAUAAACCAUUGCUUAAGAAAAAAGAUUCUGAGAGGAGUUUAGUUGAUAGUGAUGUUUUGUCAACAAUAUAUAUGCCAUAUUAUUGUAAAAUAAUUAAAUGGGUAUUAUAUAUUAUCCUUAAAAAUAUUUGUUUAAUUUUCUCGUUAUUCCUACGUUUUUCUCAUGUUUUUUCUUUGUUUUUCACAUUUGUUGAGUAAAGCAUAGAAAAUCGAAAAACGACUUGUAAAGUACAAUUUAGACAACUUAAGCUGUCAAAAAAGUUGUUACACGGGAAAAUCGGAGCAAGUUUACUAGGAAAAAACGUGUCCACAGACUAGAACAAAGAACAAAGAAAAAAAACAAACAAGCUACGCUCGAAAUCUAAAAAAACGUCUUUGUAAAAUCAUAAGAUUCUUCGCUCCACUCAGAAUAUAAAACAACAUGAUUCGAGAAAGUAUUGGUUUUACUAUAAUGUUUGUGUAUUUUUUUAAUUUUUUGUAUUUGCAAACGUUUUUACUAGAAAACUUGCUCCGAGGUAUAUACUAUGGUACCUUUUCUGAAAGGUAAUUUUCUCUCGUUGGUGCAUUAAACAGGUCAAUUUUCGAUUUUUUUAAGGGGUUUUCGAAAUAAUUGGGAAAAACCGAAAGAAAAUUAUAGGUAAAACGGCAAGUAUUUACGGCGUUACCGUUUUAUUCAUAAUAAAAGUAUUACUUAAACUGUAAAAUGCCAAGAGAUUGAUUUUUUUCCAUAUAUUAUUUUAAAUUUGUCUUUUCUUUGUAAUUUAAGUAAAUAUUCACAGAGAAUUAAAAUAUUUAUAGAAAACUUAUAUUAAUUUUUUAAACGCGGUAAAACUUUCAGAGUAUUUGAGUCAUUUUUGAACAAUUUAUAGAUAUUUUAAUUUUGCGAGUUUUUACGUUACUUUUAUUUGGUAGGUUUUCUGUGGAUAAAUUGUUAGACUUAACAGAAAUUCUUGAAUAUGAGGUUUGAUAGAAGGUUUAUUAUAAAUCGUAUUUUAUUUUAUAAUCAAAUUUUGACGAAAUCGUCAAUCUUACGCCUUUCAAAAUAUAGAUAACUGAACUUCGCUCAGAAUCGUUUUUUGUUAUCAAAGAUUCAUCAUUGGUUACAUGUAUAAAAAAUAAAUUAAAUAACUUUAUGUAUCCCACAUUUCCCACUACCCACCUACAACAGUGACUGGACCCGACUCCAGUUUCAGCUCUUUUAGAUUCUGAGUGGAGUGAAGUUUUUCAUAUUUGUUAAGAAAAUAUCGGAGAAAAUCGAAAAACGACCUCUUGAAAGUACCCUCCCAGUCCGAUUUCCUUUCAGAAAUGGUAUUACACUUAAAAAUAGGAACAAUAUUUCUGGUAGAAAAGUUGUCCAAAAUAAAAAAAAAACAAAUUAAAAAAACAUCAUUGUAAAACCAUAAGCUUUUUCCACUCCACUCAGAACCUAAAGUAUAGGAAAAACGGGAAAAUAAUUAUUAUUAUAUUAAUGAAAUAUUAUUAAAGAAAAUGUUUGAAGUAUGUAUAAUUCCUUUACCAUAAUAGUACCAUAGUAUAUUAUAUAUUGUUGACAAAGCAACACUAUCAACCGAACUCUCCUCAGAAUCGUUUUUUUCGUUAGCCUAAUCAUUAGGUUAAUCAUAGGAUAUACAUUGAAUUAUUCUCUAUAUUCUACCUACCUAACUUCCCAUCGACAACAGUAGCAGCAUCCGUUCCCAUUCUAGGACAGCUUUUUUAUUUUUAUUUUUUAAAUUCGGUAUAUUUCUAAUUGGAGUAUAUUAUUCCAUUGGUUUUUUCUUAUACAUAUUUUAAUGCCAUUGUUAUAUACUUACAACUUAUUCAGUGUAGUCAAUUUGUGUGUCUGAUGAUCGAAUUAUAUGGGUCACAAUGACGUAUGAUGCGGCAUAAUGUUUGAAGGGCGAAAAGGAACGACACGCACCACGCAGAGGAGAGCAGUCAAUCAAUCUCUAACGCCCUCGCGGAACACUCGCCGCUGGCUGGGAUGCGAUUAACGGCUUUGACAUUAUGUAAAAAAAAAAUGUGUUCGCGUGAUUGAUUCAAUGUAUCGAGUUUAAAACAAGACUUCGGGCAGCACCAAAAACAAUUUAUAAAUUGCAAACGAUACACCUACACGCGUAAGUAGAUUUAUAUAGUUUUUCUGAGAAAUUUAGUUAUCGCUGUUUUCUGUUAAGAAAAAAAAAUAAAUAUAUUAUAGUUAUUAUAAAACAACUCGAUCUAUAUAAUUUAUUAUCUGUCGAUGAAUACAGCUUUAGAAAAUGUUAUAAAUACUUAUUAACUACGGAUAAAAAUAUAAAGUUACCUACAUAUUUAUAUGUAUUUGUUGAUAUUUAUUCUAUUUUUAUUUCAACGAAUAUUGCGUUGAUUCCAGAGACAUUAAGAUGUUUUCGACAGCAUCUUCUAGCAAUUACAUAUUUCAUACGUUUCCAUCAAGUUGUUGAACCUUAAUACAUAUUCGUAUAUAAAGACUGAUACAAAAUUAUAAUAAUAAAUCAAGUAUUAAACAAAUAUGUACAUAAAAAAAUUACAAUUUUUGCGUCUAAUAAAAAAUGAUGCCAUUUUAUUUUGGCAUUAUUUUAUAUGAUUUUAUCCGAUAAAAAUAUUAUACUAAAUUUAUGACAUUACUCAUAUUCAUUAAUAUACAUAUAUUAAUACAUAUAUUUUACAUAUAUUACAGAAACAUUAUAGAAAUAUAAAGUAUUACAAAACUUAUUUUACAAAAUGUAUUAGAAAAUAACUAAAGAUAUUGCACUGCUAUAUUAAAUUGUUAUAAUAUCAUUGGUUCCAGGGAAUAAGGGAUUAAGUCUAUUUUGUACAGUUUUUAAUACAAGCUAAUUAAAUUUUUAAAAUAUAUACACUUAUGUCAUUAACCCGAAGUAUAUAACAGGGAACACAUUUUAUAAGACAACAAUUUAUUAUAAAAAAUAAUAUCAAAAAUUGACUUAAGAAUGUAUUCGUCCCUGAGACUAAAAAUAGUAGUUAAUAGUAAUAACAUAUUAUUAUAUAUUUCUAUAUAUAUAUAUGAUUAUUAAUAUAGAUAUACAUAAUAGCUUUAUUAUAGGCCUAUACUAUAAUAGUGCCUAACAAACUUACUCAAUUUGUUCGAUUUUUGGUUUACUUAAAUUUUUGAACAAUAAUAUAUCGAUAUGUUUGCAAUAUUCCCGAAAACUCGUAGUUUAUAUUUUUCCGGCAAUAAAAAAAUAAAAUAGUAAGUCAAAUAUUAUAUCACAGAUUAUUUAAGAUAUCUUAUCUAUUUAUAUUCACUAAAUAUAAUAUUGAUAUUUCGUACCAUUCAAUAUUAUAUGUAUUAUAUGUAUUCAAUAUUAUAAUACUGCUAUACAAUUACGAUUUAUUUUUAAAACUUCUAGUAUACAAAACAAUUUAUGCAUUAUAAAUCAGGUAUGGUCAAUGCAUUGAAGAUACUAAAAAAACUGUGGUGGUAAAAUUUACAUAAUAUUAGGUAUUUAAAAAUAGACAUUCGGUUUAUAAUGUUAAUAAAUUGGCUUACGAAAAAUGUUAUAUGAAUAAUUAUAUGUAUUUGGGCAAUAAUUAAUAUAUACUUGUUAAAAAAAUAUUAUUAAAAAUUGAUUUCCUCGCAUAUAUUUAUACAUAUGUAUUAUCGUCAUCAAUAUACUUUAGUGUGGUUCUCUUUGAAUCAAACGAAUUUACAUAGUAUAAACAAUAAUAAUAAAUGGAGUUAGCGGUAACGUUUUUUCAAAAUAGCUUGACAAAUUUUAAGUGUUCAUAUUAUUUGGAAUAUAUAACGAUAUAUAUAUAUAUAUAUAUAUAUAUAUAUAUAUUGUACAUAAUAUUAUCUAGAUAGAUAGGUAUAACAGAUAAAACACGUUUGUUAAACCAGCAUAAAAUAUCUUUGUCGUAAAUCGUGCCCAUUCAUGUACAUCGCACGCGUCUUUAUGAAUUGAAAUAAUACGUGAUACCGAUUAAACGAUUACAUUUUGUUAUAGUUUUGUGCCUUUUGAUAUAACCUUAAAAAGUAUUACUUUAUUUAAUAUUAUACAAGUAAUAUUGAAGGACCUUGAUAUAUAUAUUUUUAUAUUAUUAUGUAUAUUGAUUUUUUAUUUUAUUUUUCAUCUAUCUAUUUAGAGAAUUAUAAAUGAUGGAAUUUAAUACAAAAGAGACCUCACCAAAAAAAACCUCUAAAUUAUCGCAGUCGAUUUGUUUCCUCUUUUAAAAAAUUUAACAUUAGGACACUUGUCUUAAUCAAGCUCUGCUAUUAUAUUUAUUUGUUUUGGUACCUAGAUUGCGUAUUUAAACUUGUUUUUGAAAAUUAUAAGUACAUUCAUUAAACUAUAGGUUUAAUCUACUAAUCCUUGUUUUAGAAUAAAAAAAAAAAAUAUCCCUUACAGUUAUAAUAUUGUAUAGCUUAACACUGAUAAUAAAGGAUAUUAAUAUACCUAUACAUUAUCUUCAUGAAAUAUUCUUUAUUUAUUAUACGCUCCGUAAUAUAUAAUUAUGUAUAUGUUCAGUGUAUAAUAUAUAUAAAUUAUAAUAGGUAUAUAUAUAUACCUAGAUGUUCCGAUAUUCAAGUAUCAAUGUUCGUAAUCUCUUUGACACACACAGGCAUUUAAAACUCUUUUACGUCAUCACUUUAAUAAUACAAGAUGCAAUUAAAAAAAAAAAAGUAAUAAUAAUAAAAUAAAAAAAUCUGGCGUGAACGAACGAUAAAAAGUGUAUAACGGUCGGGGAGAUUUUUGCAAAGGUAGCAACUUUUGUCCACGAGUACAUACUUGAGGCUGACUCGUGCUCUCGAAGUUAUCAAUAGUUUGCUGGCUUAUAGUAUAUAUAGGUAGGUACGUACGUUCUUAUGUAGUCAUCGUCGAACCAUACUAUAGGUACGUUAUUAAUUUAAUGCAAAGCUUGAUAUUUUUUUUUCUCAUGAACGAUUUCUAAAAAUUGUAAUAAAUAAAUACACCAGUGAUUUGAAAAUAAAUCAAAAUAAGUCGAAAUCAUCAUUCAUAUAACGCCGUGAAAAUAAUAAAUUUGUAGUUUUAUGUGUGUAUUAUCUUACAUUUUUCAAAAUUAUUUAUGGUAUAUAAAAUAUAUAAGUACAGAGUGAUCAACAUUACGGUAAGACACUAUCUCGGAAUGUAUAGGUAUUCAUUUUUUUUCGGAUUUCGAUUUUUUUUAGAAAAUUGAAGAAACAAACAGCUUUAAAAUGUUAAAUUAUCGUUAUUUUUUUUUUAUUUUCGAAAAUGAAAUCACUACCCAAUUUUGAAUUUCAAAAAUAAGUGCAUCAUGUAUUACAAAUUCUUUCGAUAAAUGAAGUUUUAGUUUAAUGCAUUUUAACGUUAAAAUUUUUAAUUUCCAACCCGUUAUCAGAUCGGGAAGUCAAUCUGAAUUUUUAAUGCGAAUGACCGAUUACUUAUGUGUAAUCUGAUUUAUUAGCCCAUUGUUGUAAAAGUACUAAAUAAACGAAUAACUAUACAUAUAUAUUACCGCAACAGUUCAGCAGUUGUUAAACACGGAAUUAAAUAAUUUUGCUUUAAAAAGUAAUUUUUUGGAAUUUGGAAGGAUAGUAGAAUUCCCCUCACCGCACCCUUUGGAUUUUCACCAAAUAAACUACUGCUGGACAAAGAAUAAUACAAACAUAUGUAUCGAUUUUAUUUUAUAAAAGUUUAAUGAAUUUUAUUUGUAAUAAAUCUUUAGUUGGUACAACUAGUAAAAAUAUUAAAUUAACCAAUAAAAUAUGUAUAUAGUCGCUAAUUGAUAUUGAGAAUGAUGGUACCUAAUAAAGCAUUAUGUACUUAGUUAAAUUUUUAUACAUUGUAUUUACUAAACUGUCACUCGACUAUAAUUUGUAUACUUUAUGAGGAGUUGGACAAAUACUUUAGAACACUUUUAAAACGCUAGUUAAUAAAACUACUUAGGUACUAUAGGUACUAAAAAAAUAUACAAUAUCCAUAUAAAACCCCGUGACCUUUGUAUAAUAAAGAUUGAACAUAAUAUUUUAGAAAGAUUAUAACGUUCAAAUAAGUUGCAUCGAAUGCCAUCAUCAAUAUAUUAUAGGCUUAUUUUUGGCCAAUGAAGAUUAUUAGUAGUCCAUUUAGUCUGUAUUGUUGCAUUGUCCUACAUUACUUUGUUGUGGGUAAACUCAAUUUUGAAAACGUUCGUGUACAUGAACAACUAGUAACUGGAAUAGUAACAAAUGUUUUUAAUGGUUUUAAUAUAUUAUUAAAAAUAGUUUCACUUCCAUUGCCAAUUUCAGUUUAUCAACUUAUCUAUGCGUUACAUUACUUUUAUUACUUUUGGAUAAAUUAAUUGUGUGUUGAAGAAGGUUCACUUCACUUUUAGAUUCGGCACGUAGCGCGGGAUCUAAAUAUUAGGGUUUAACUAUGAUAAGUUUUUUUUUUAGAUUCUGAGUGAAGCGAGGGAUGUAUUGGUUUUACAAUGAUGUUCAUUUUAUUAUUUUUUAAUCUGUAAACAACUUUUUUUACCAGAAGUCUUGUUUUGAUUUUAAAGUGUAAUACUUUUUUGAAAGAAAAUUUAAUCUUGGUGGAACUUUAAGGUGGUUAUUUUUUGAUUUUCUUAAGGGUUUUCAAAAUAAUUUGGAAAAACCCGAAAGAAAACUAAAACGGUAAAACGACAAAUAUUCACGGUGCGGCGUUACCGAUUUUCUAGUUUUUAAUUUUUGUAACUUAUGUUUUCUACCAGAAAUAUUGCUUCAAUCGAAAAAUGACAAAUGAUUGAUUUUGUUCCUUAUAAUAUGCCACUGACAGAGAAAGUAAUUUUCAUAAUACUUGUCUCGAAUAGGAUUUAAAAUUUGGACUAUUUUUCUCUUCUAGACAUGGUCAAAUUUUCAAAAUAUUUUAGACAUUUUCGAUCUUUUUAUAGACGUUUUAAUUUUGCGUGUUUUUACGUAAUUUUAAUUUAAUAAGUACUCUGUGAAUAAAAUUGUUAAAACCGAAGUAUAUGGACAUUUAAAAGGAGGUUCAUUAUAAGUCGUUAAUUGUGGUAAAAAAAAAAAAUGAGUCUUAUGUAGAAUUUUUGUUCUAAUUCAGUCAAAAAUAUUCGUAGAGGCUUGAAAUGUUUACAAAAAGCUUAUAUUUGCUUUUUUUAUUUCUAAUUUUUAUGAUUUUAUACAUGUAUAAUAUAAUUUUAUAAAAAUUUACAUAAACAUCAUUACACUAAUAACACUUAAAAUUGAAUGAAUUUUGCAUUAAUAAAAACUCUCUGAGAGAUAACUUAAAAUAUUGUACUUUAAAUCGUGCAAAAUUAUGUUUUCCAAAAUUCAAUACUACCCGAGUGAUUCUAAUUGUUAUACUUAAACUCAAAAUGUCAAUUCGUUGCUCGAAAAGCGGAUGUGAGACGUCCCUAAAUAAAAAAUAUAUAAAUAAAGAAGAACUGGAUGACGUGCAAAGACAGUAAAACUCGAACAAUUUAUAUUAGAUUUGUGCACGAGAGUGUCUGUUUACACUGUACAUACAUCAAUAUCAAUUACCUAUCAUUGAAAUGCAGACAGUAGUGACCAACUUAUAAAUAUUUUAUAUGUAUUAUGGUGCAUUAUGUCAAUGUGAACUGACUGCAAUGACACCUAACAAAGGCAAUAGUCAUCAGGGACGUUCCGAAAGUGGGUCUGAAGAAGGGAAUAACACUCCUUCCGGUCACUCAGGAAUGAACAAUUUAGACGGGUAGAUUUUUAAUAAUAUAAUCUCAACAAUUGAUAUAAAACCCAAAUCGGAAUUUAAAAAGCCAUAUUUUACGAGCAAAAAAAUAAAAACUGUUAUAGAGUUCGUUUUCUAAAACCUAUACACAAAAGAGGUAAUCUGAUUCGAUACUUAUCAAUUAAUUCCCGGGUACAUGUGAAAAGGUUGUUCACUGUUUAGUCAAUUAAUUGUGAAAAAUUAGUUAUCUAUACCAAAAAUCAUUAUUUUUUUUAUAGAAUUAAGAUUAUUUUUUAAAUAUUAACUCGCGUUAUUUGAAUGAUCGUUUUAAGAUAAAUCAUGAUUUUUCCGUUUUACGUACGUUUAAAAUUAUAUCACAUGACUUAAACUACAUAAUGGAUUUUUCAAAAGCAUCGUGUACGAAAAGUUAAGUCUACUUAAUCCAUAUUAUAUAAUUCCUGAACCUAUAGCAUAAAAUUGAAUUAAGUCACUGAAAAAUUAUUCAAAUCAAUGUACAUAAUAGGUUAAGUCACUUUUUAUCAGAUUCGGAGCAUAACGAGGGAUUUAUUGGUUCUACUAUCAUGUGUGCUGCUUUUUUUUUCUAUCUGUGAACAACUUUUCAAAAAGAAAUUUUGCUUAAAUGUACUGAGUAUUAUACUUUUUCACAGAGGUAAUAUUGUUUAAUUAGUGCAUUGGGAGAUCAUUUUUUGAUUUUCCAAGAAGUUUUCAAAAUAAUUGUAAAAACUCGAAAGGAAAUUAUAGGUAAAACGGCAAAUAUUCACGGCGUGGCGUUACUGAUUUUCUAGUUUUUAAUUUUUGCAACUUAUGUUUUCUACCAGAAACAUUGUUUUUAUCGAAAACUUAUAAAAGAUCAAUUUUAUCAAUGUACGGCGUUAUGAUUUGAUUAUUUAAAAUUGUUAUGCUUUAAACUUUUUACUAUAAAUAUUUCUCCAAUAGACAAACAACAAUAGAAAUAUUUUUUGUUUAAUUUUUAAUCUGAUUGGUGACCAAGAAAGUCGGUUUUUGAUUUUCUUUGUAGAUUUUUUAAUAGUUGAGAAAACUAAAAAAUACGUAGAAAGUACGAGAAAAUUUACAAAAAUAAUGCUUUUAUAAUUUUAAAUUUUAUUCGUAGAGCUUGAAAUUUAGAUAUAAAACUUAAAUUUGCUUUUUCUAGACGUGGUAACAUUUUCAAAACAUGUACGUACAUUUGUACGUAAUUUUUAUUUGGUAGGUACUUUGUAGAUAAAAUUGUUAGACUAAAUAAAAAUGUUUGACAAUUUAACAGGAGGUUCAUUAAAAGUUUAUGUUGUAAACAAAAAAAUUUUGAGCAGAGGCAAACCACUUUUAAAUAGAUAUUCAUUAAAAUGAAAAUAUUAGUGCUUUGUAGUCAAAAAAAAUACGAAAUUUAUAUAAUAAUAAAAAUUAUUUGAUUAUUUAUUUACCAUUGAAAUAAUAUUUCAAUGGUAAAUUUCUAUCAUAGCGUGGAUCAACCAUUUAUUUUUAAAUAUCGUAAAAAGGUAAAAAAAAAUGUAUGUAAUACAAACGAUGACUGAUUUGAGGUAAUCACAUCAAUGAAUAAAUAACUGUGGUCUGUGACGGACUAGUCGUCCAAUAUACGGUUUGAUAUAUUGUAGAAAACAUUAUCAUUGGGGAUUUGGGGUUAUUAUUAUUCAGAAUAUUAUUGUAUUAUUUAUUAUUAUAUUACCUAGGUCUUAUUAUCUUAUUAUCUGAUUUAUUUUUAAAUAAUUGGUAAUAUGCACGACGGUGGCAACGCCGUCGGAUAUUCGUCACGUAAUUGGGUUCUCGCACUGCCUACAGUAAACAAAUUUUAAAAAAAUGUAUUCAGUUAUUUUUCGAAUAGAAACAUGCAUCGGCUAUGACAAAAUUGUGAGACUUGGGCUGGUGCGAUUUUAAUUCUGUACAAAUAAUAAUAUUUCUUAACAUCUCCUCUAGAGACCGGUCGGGUAGAGUUUUAGAAAUAUGAAUUGAUAUUCAAUAGAUAUGACAUGAACAAAAAUGUUGUAAAAACUGAAAUUUGUAUAAUAUUAUAGUAUUGUCAAAAUUUUGAACCUUAAAAAAGUGUUCCGAUCGUUCUCUAGAGGAGAUAUUAAGAAAUUUUAUUAUUUUAACAGGAUUAAAAUCGGACCAUCCAAAGUCUCACAAUCUUGUCAGAGCGGAAGGUCUAAAAACUUUUUUUUUUUGACCACUUUAAUGUAAAUAUGUUUAAAUGCCGAUAUUUUUGCUCUACCCGAUAAUUUGUAUAGGUGAUUCUAAAGGUGUACGUAAAUAUGUAUACGUAAAAGCAACAGCUAAUGUAUAUAAAUAAAUAUUAAUAUUAUCCAUUGCUCUAGGUUUAGUAAUGAAGAAUAUGAAAUCGAAUACAUUAUCUGGGAAUAUCGUUAUUAAGCUGGUAGUUUUCCUGUAUGUUGUCAAGUAAGUAUAAUAUAAUUAUUUGUUUUGUUAGUAUAUGUAUAACGUAUGUGGUAUAACGUAGUGGUGGUAAUUUUGUUUUGCUUUGGGAGCAUUGAUGAUUUCCCAGUUCACCAACAUCCAGUUUGUCGACACUCAAUUCGCUGACUGUCGGUAUUCGCUUAGUUUUAAUAAAAUGAACGCAAUAAUUUAUUUAUAUACACAUGUACUAUGUACAUAAUAAUACAUAUCUGCAAGACUGAGCAAGUUAAUGAUAUUUUUCAAAUCAAUUAAGUUAAGUUAAAUUUGAAUCUAAAUAAAGUUAACUUAAAAUAAUCUAUUAAUUCAACUAAGUUAGAAGUCAAUCGAAAGUUAAAUUUUUAAUACAAGUUAAAUUAAUUUAAAAAAAAUGUACAUAAUUUAUUGUCUAUUACCUACUAUAAUGACCUACCUAGUACUUACAAUUCUCAACCGGCAACAACAGUAUGAAAUAACAGGCAUUCAUAAAAAUUCAUAUUUUAAAAUAUUCAUAAUAUAUUGAUAACAAUAAUAAUAAUAAUAUAUUUAUUUAUAUGAGCAUACAAAUAUAAAUUUAAAUCAAUUUAACUUUUAAUGUAGUUUUUUUAAAUUUUUUAUAAGAGUUUUAAAAUCAAAUUUUGACGGAGAUCGUAAAUAUUAACUUUAAAACCGUGUAUCCGAAUCGUUUUUCAUUAGUAAUGAUUUAUCGUUGGUUACAUGUAUAAAUCAAAUAACUUUUUGUUACCUAUCUUUUUGUUAUAUAUCUCACCUUCCCCACUACCUAUCUACAUUAGUCGUCGCACCCGAACCCAUUAUCAGCUCUUUUUAAAAUUGCUUGAUUAAUCAUGUAACUGCUAAUGUUUUUAAUAUUUCUUUGAAUUAUCAGUUUUCAAAUUAAGCAUUCGAAAUGCUUGGAAUUCAGAGAUAUCCUGCCAGAAGACGCAAAGCAUUAUGAUAAAAUGAGACCGCCGAAGAAAGACGGAAUGGCGACUAAAGUAUAUUUUCAUGUUACUGUAAUGGGUUUGGAUUCAAUCGACGAAAAUGCAAUGGUAUCUAAUUUAAAUAUCGAAUUAUAUUAGAAAUUGUAUUUAUAUUUUAUUUUUUGUUUUGAGACAUACGCUGCUGAUAUUUUUUUUGCCCAAACGUGGAAAGAUCAUAGACUCCGUUUACCAGAAAAUAUGACUUCUGAUUACAGGUUAGUACUUUCAAACAUAAAAUAAUUCACAUUUUUUUUAUACCUAUAAUUUUAAUUUUUAGACUAAUAGAAGUGGAUUGGUUAAAAAAUAUUUGGAGACCGGAUUCGUUUUUCAAAAACGCUAAAGCAGUAACAUUUCAAACGAUGACUAUUCCAAAUCAUUACAUGUGGCUUUAUAAAGACAAAACGAUUCUUUAUAUGGUCAAGUAAGAUAUUAUAUUAAUUAUAAACAAUAAUUUUAACCAGGUAAAAGGUUCUAAAUAAUCGAUCAUAAAUUAUUUUUGAAGACUUACGUUAACACUUUCGUGCGCGAUGAACUUUAUGAUAUAUCCGCACGACACUCAAGAAUGUAAACUUCAGAUGGAAAGCCGUAAGAUAAAAAUAAUUUUAUGUUUGUCUGUGAGAUAUUAUAUAUUGAUAAAUAAUUUUGUUUGAAAUACCCAAUUUAUUUCAGUGUCACAUACGACCGACGAUAUGAUAUUUCAAUGGGAUCCGUCUGUCCCGUUGGUGGUUGACGAAAAUAUCGAAUUGCCCCAAUUACAAUUGGUUAAAAAUCAAACUGCAGAUUGCACUCAAGUAUAUUCUACUGGUAAAUCGAAUAUUGUUAAACAUAAUAAUUUACUUACCUACUUACUUAUGAACUAGAUUACGUCAUAUAAUUUUUUCAUUUACGUAAUCAUAUACAAAGUAAACAAAUUUACUUAAACAAACAAUAUAGAUAUAGUCAUAUAGACUAUAUACUAUAACAUGUAGACGGAAACUGUACACCGAUUUAUUGAUAUUACCACUUACAAAACCCUUCAACAGACACUAUACCUACAUCAUAUUACAGUGGAACCUCGAUAUCUCAAAGUAUCAAGGGACCAAAAAAAAAAUCUUCGAGUUACUGAAUGCUUGGACUGAAAAAAAAAAAAAUCGACAUGCAGUAAUUUUGAGAUACUGGAGUUCGAGAUAACGAGGUUCCACAGUAUUAUUAAGGGCCGAGAGUUAUAGUACAGAAGACAUUUUUAAGGUUCCCAACCGAUAGCAGAUAACCAAGUUACACAUAUUUUUUAAAUGAAAAAAAACCCGAAAUUCCACAUUGCAUAAUAUAUUUUUGUGCAUUCCCAUAAUCAUUUUUAGGCAUUUGUAGAACCCAUAUUUUUAACACGUUACCGAUGUUAUCCGAAUAAUAAAAAUGUAAUAAUGUUUUGUUCUUUUAUUAAAACCAAAUGUGAUUAAAAAAGAUAAAUUUAUCUCAUAUCAGAGAAUAAUAUUGUAUUUGUAACAAUAUUAUAUUGAAUUGUAUUCUAAUAUAAUAUUAUGAUAUAAGAUAUAUACGUUUUAUGAUAAAAUUUUGUAUCGUUAAAACUUUUCAGGAAAUUUUACAUGUCUAGAAGUGAUUUUCGUUCUCAAACGAAGACUCGGAUAUUAUUUGUUUCACACUUAUAUUCCUACAUGUCUUAUUGUCAUUAUGUCGGUAAGUAAUAAUCAAUCAUACUAUAAUGAAUAAAUAGAGUUCUUUAUAAAAGGAAAAAAAAUGAAAAUGAAACAAGAGUUUAACACGGGGCAAAAAGAGAAGCUAUCAGUAGCAAAAUAUUUGACUAAAAAUGGACUUGAUUAAAAGUGGCUUGGUUUUAUACAAUUGUUUUGGUUUAUUUUUCGUCAUAGUUUUACUUUUCAUCUGUUAUUUUAAAUUUCAAAAAAAUAAAACAAUUAUAUCUUGGAUUAUAUGAAAUAUAUUUUUAAUAGGUUUUAUUUAUUUUGGCAAAUCCGGAACAAGAUAAUGGGGGUGGGGGAUUUUGAAAAUUUAUAUAAGGCACAUAUUUAUGAUGAAAAUAAAGCUAGGAGUAUAUUGGGUUGUUAAAGGGGGGGGUCUUUCCUCCUAUUUACACCACUAAAUACUUUCGAAUGGUUUAAUAAUCGAUAAUAUAUUAUUAUUAAAAAUGUGGGAGUAAAUGAGGAGGUACAUAGUAUAUAAAUUAUUUAUUGACUUUAAGAAGGCAUACAAUUAUAUAUAUAUAUAAAUAUACGUCAAGUCAAUUAAUUAAGUAUAUUUAAAGAGUUCAAUUUCCUAAAAAAACUAAUCAAUCUCAUUACAUCCAAUUUGAAAAUCUCAGAGAUAAAAACAAAAUUAAAAUAGCAAGUUUACAUUUCAAUCGUUGAAGGUAGUCACUGGCUUGAAACAAGGUGAUGAGACAAGAGAUGCUCUCUACCCGAUUCUUUUCAAUCUGGUACUGGGAAAAAUAGUUAGAGAUAUGACUAUAUCAUUAGGUGAAUCAAAAAUAGGCUUGCUAGCGUAUGCGAAUGUUAAUAUCAUCUUAGGAUAAAACAUAGACAUAGUGAAAGACAAUUUUAAGGAACUAAUGAAACUAAUGGAGGCCACGUGCAAAGUUGGUCUCAUUAUAAAUUACGAAAAAACAAAAUAUAUGAAACUUAGCAGAACAGAUAGGAUGUACCAACAGGGAGGAGAGAGUAUAGAGUUUCCUCUUAUAGAAGUAAAAGUACAUAUUACUAAGUAUCACAAUUUAAGUAGGUACUUAAGAGUUCUUUUAACUCAGAACAAUGAGUUAAGAACUGACAUAUCUGAUGUAAGAAUACAAUUGAAAAACAAGUGUUUUUUUGGAGCUGGUACACUUCUAAAAUCCAGAUUGAUUAUUAUAAAUUUUAAAAUUUUAAAUCAUAUGGUAUUAAUUCGUCCCAUCAUUCUACAGAAUGAUUCACUAAGCGUACUCACCCCAUUUUUUUGUUUAAAUUUUGCAUUUCAAAUUAUGAUUUUUGAAAUUGUUUAGUCUACUUUAAGCCGAUAUUUUCGAAUACUUCGAUUUUUCUCAAAAUUAUGGCAUAUCUUGUGGUGAUACCAACUUUGGUUUUUCAAAUGAGAACCUUUAUAAAAAUUAUAUUAAUAAAUAGAGUAUUGCUUUAAAUACAUUUUGGUGUCAACAUUUUUCAUUUCCUUCAAUCUAUUAACGAGAUAUUUCACUUUUAAGUUUAGGUGGGGGGAAAGUAGUUGGAUAUAAUUUGUGUAGCGGUACGGUGUACGGAGUUUUAUUAGUACUCCACUACUCUCCCUCUACCUAAACUUAAAAGUAAAAUAUCACGUUAAUGAGCCGAUAGAAAUCAAAAAUUACAUUGUAAAAAACCUAAGAAUUCAAAAAUAUCGGCUUUAACUACACUUAAAAAUUUCAAAUUCAUAAUUUGAAUAUAUAAGAAAGACAAAGGGAGUAAGAUUAGACAUUUUUAAAGAUAAGUUCUGAGAUGAAUCUAUGUCCCUUUUUUUUACCCUAAAACCGGGGAAUAGAGAAUACGGAAUAACGAAGAGUUCCAAUGUAUGUUUCAAAGACCAAAUAUAUCAAGGGAAGCCACAGAAAGAAGGUUAACCGGGAAUGCCCGGAGGAAAAAUGGCGCAUUGAUAAAUGCAGUAAUUAAGGAGGACAAAAAAAAAAGGACUCGGUUAUGAAAAAGACAGCUUGGUAGAAGGUUGGAAGGCUAUGUGAAGAGAGACGUUAAAGCAAUAGACCCAAGAGUUAACUGGAGAGAAGUAGCUGAGAAUAGAGGGAGACGGAGGAGAAUUUGUUGUACGAGAUAGUCUUAAAGGCUGAAACCACUCCCCCCCCCAAAAAAAAAUUAUAACUACGGCUUAAUAAUACGUAUUAUUAAGAUUAAUUAGCAAGAUGUAUGCUAGCUCAAAUCAAUUUAACACACUGUUGUUGAUUGGAACUCAGAUGCGCUUUGAAGGGGGACGAUGGGAGCAAUCGCCCCCCCCCAUCGAGAGUUUUAUUUACUUUAAAUAUAAUAAUUUUUGUAUCCGAAAAUUAUAAUGUCUAAAAUAUUUUAUAAAACUGAAUUUAAGGAUUUCUAAUAUAGUUCAGGUAUAUUGUUUAAAAUUCUACGAGAAUGAACAUUUCCCGAAUCGUUUGUUUUUUUUUUCUUGAAGUGGGUUUCGUUUUGGAUAAAACCUGAAGCAGCUCCGGCUCGAGUAACAUUGGGUGUCACAUCGCUACUAACAUUGUCAACACAACAUGCUAAAUCUCAAGCUGCAUUACCUCCAGUUUCGUAUCUAAAAGCAGUCGAUACUUUUAUGUCUGCGUGUACAGUGUAAGUAAAAAAAAUUAAAAUUAUAAUAUAUUUUAACUUAUAGUAGAAUUAGACUUUAGUCAUAAGUCAUUAAUUGCCCAGUAAAUAAUUCUUAUUUUGAAUUGAUCUAAAAUUACGUAUUUAAAAUAUAUGUGAAGUUAGGUAAGUGCUUAACCGGGGUAAAUGCGAGUCCAGAUUUAACGGUGAGAAAAAUAUAAAUUAUCUCUCGCAUCAAUAAUAAAAAUUUGUCUACAGCAAAGUGGGAAUUCAUAAUAAUUUGAAACGCUGUACUUUUAAGAUUCCGAUUGAAACCGGAAAAUAGGUGCAAUAUUAAACAAAUAUUAUUAAAGAAAAUGCGAGUAUAUAAUGUCUAUGCAAUUAUUUUACCAUAGUAUGACAUUUAUAUUGUUGACAAAACAACGCUAUUAACCGAACUCUGCUCACAAUCGUUUUUCAUUAGAAAUGGUUUAUCGUUGCGUACAGAUGCACAUUAAAUUCCCCUUCUACUACCAUCCCAACUUCUAACCUACAACAAUGGCCCACCCACGUGUAAAGUAUGUGCGUCUUUUUCCAGUUUCAUGUUAUCGGAGUCGAUUGAAAACAUAUUAUUGCUACAACUGUAUAGUUUUAGGCACUUGUCCCACGAUUAAAUAAUAGAGGUAAUAGUAUUUUUCAACAGUCGAUUUUGCACUUCCAAUUUCAUUUAUUAAGAGAUAAGAACGAAAUUUUAUUUGUUUAACAUUUUAAAUUGUAAAAUUAUUAUAAAAAACAUUCGUAUACAGUUUUGAUAGUGGAUUUAAGUAAAGUACUUCCAUAUUAUUAUAUUGUUAUAGUCAUUACAAUUCAAAGUUAAGUAAUUCGUGAGAAAUGACCAGUUUAUGUUAAACUUUUCCAAAUUAGUUAUAUAGUCACUGGCUAUAACUACGAACCUUUUAGGUAUUUGUUAAAUAUCAACACCUUAGGUUCAAGACGUACAUACAUUUAAUCAGCGUAAAUUUUGCUCUUAACGUAAUUGAUAUAUCAGUUCCAACAUUUAAUUCAAGAACCCGGCCAACAUUUUAAGAUUCUGAGUGGAGUGAAGAAGCUUAUAGUUUUACAAAAAUGUUUUUUAUUUUCUGUGGACAACUUUUAUACCAGAGAACUUGCUCCGAUUUUUACGUAUAGCCCCUUUACUGAAAGUAAAUCUAUGUGAGAAGGUACUUUAAGCCUUAAGGAGAUCAUUUUUGAUUUUCUCAAGAGUUUUCUCAUCAAAAGUGAAAAACAGAGGAAAAACGAGAAAGUGUACGAAAUAUAUUUGUAUAAUAUUACGAUUUUUUUUUCUGCUUUUCUAUAAGAAAUUUUGCUUCAAUUUGUAAUGAUAGCAGUGUUUUUAAAAGUAAAUUUGACUGGGGAGGUACUUUAGGGAGGCCAUUUUUCGAUUUUUCAGGAAUCUUCUCAGCAAAAAAUUAAAAAUCAUGAAAAACUUAGGAAAAACAGGAAAAUCGAUACAUUAAAUAAAUAUUAUUAAAGAUAAUAUAUGAUGUCUAUUUUAUUAUUUUACUAUAAUUUGAUAUAUAUUUAUUGUUGAAAGAGCAUCACUGUUAACUGAAUUCCGCUCAGCAUCGUUUUUUCAUUAGCAAUGGCUAACAGAAACACAUUAAAUUACCUAUAACAGUGGGCUGCAUCCGUCCCUAUCCUAGGACAUAUUUUUUUAUCUCUCAAAUGAAAUUACAAACCGGCACUUUACUAUUCUAAUUAUUUUGAAUAUAUUAUUAUUUUCAGUUUAUUACCAAUAGGUUAUAUCAUAAUAGAUUAUAAUUUACUAUUGAUAUACUUUCCAUUGACUUUUAAUCAAAAUCAGAUUACUCAUAAUUAUUGUAAUUAUCAUGUGUUUUAAUAUUUAUAUGUACCAUAUUAAAACUAUACUUAUGUCCUUUGGCGUGUAUGUAUUCAAUAAAUGUUCAUAUAUUUAAAAAUAUUCAAAUCAUGCCGCAGUUACCCUACAUUACUUAUUUAGUAUAUUUGUAUAAAUAUCGAAUUUAUAUAUGAACAGAAAAGGCCAUUUUUUUAUUUAUUUAAACCAAUAGGUAUAAUAAAAUAUGUUGGUAUUAUAAUAGGUGAUUCGUAAUUAUACAACUAUUUUCUAUAAAGGGCACACAGUCUGCAGCUGAGUGUUUCCAAAAUGAGUAAUACUCGAUAGUGGGUUAUACUCUGAUUUACUAUAUAAAGGCCGUAUAUUAAAAACAAUAGGCAAUUAUUUCUAAUUUUUGUUAUCCCCUAUUCAUAUUCAUAUGUAGCCGAAACUAAAAAUAAUUUAUAUCAUAUGAUUUGUAGCAAAUUCUACCUUAAAAUAAAUAUAGAUGACAUUAUUUUUCACUAAAUCGGUGCUAGACAGUGUCAGAUGAUGUUCCAAACAUUUUAACAAUUAUAAUGUUAAUUUAUAUGUUAAUUUAUAUGUUAAUUUUAUCAGAAAGAUGAGGUAAUACUGUAAUAGAGAAUCGAAAAUAAUUUAUGUUCAUAUUUUACUUGUACGAGAAUCAGCUAACCGCAUAACCAUCAAAAUAAUAUAAUAUUUGACUCAUAUACUUUUACGUAUAAUAUAAGAAUAUUAUAAACUGUAUGCAGUGGUAAAAGUGGGAAAAAAUUUGAAGAGGGAAUAAAGUCACUACAAAUUAAGGAGUGUUCCCGAGUUCUUAUCAAAAUCUAAUUAUAAACAAACGAUUUUAAGAAGUCCACGAGGAACCUCCUUCACUUUUUUCUUUCACACAACUUUGUUUAUAAAAAGACGGACAUACUUCGCCCGAUGAGUGUAGCCGCUGUUGUAGGGGGGAAGUUGGGAAGGUAGGAUACAGAAGGGAAUGUAAUAUAUAUAUUUCCAAACAACGAUAACCAAUUGCUAACGAAAAAACGAUUCUGAGCGGAGUUCAAUUGUUAGUGAUGCUUUGUCAACAAUAUAUAAGUAAUAUUAUGGUAAAUUAAUUAACUAGGCAUUAUAUAUUUUCUUUAAUAAUAUUUUUUAUAAUAUUGUACCAAUUUUCCCAUUUUUAACAUUUGCUGGGAAAACUCUUGGGAAAAUCGAAAAAUGACUACUCUAAAGUACCAUCCCAAAGAAUCACAUUUCAUCAUCCCAAGAAGAUUUCCUUUUAGAGUUAUACAUCGUAUACAUCGAAGUAAGUUUUCUGGUUAAAAAGUGUUCGUUUAAAAAAAAAAAAAAAAAAAAUAUACAUCUUUGUAAAACCAAUACAUUCUUCGCUACACUCAAAAUCAAAGUUUAUGACCAAAGUUAAUAUAAAUAGGAUGUAAAAAUUAAUUUUCUCUUCAGAAAAAUUAUCCUACACAUAUUAUACCUACUUAAUAAAAAUAAAUUGAAACUUAUAGUUUGAAAUAUUAAAAAAAUGUAUUUAAAUUUUAAAGUUGUUUUAGUUUAAGAUAUUUCAUUAAAAAGACAAUUCAAAACUAAUUUAUAUUGAAUAUCACGUUCAUCAUUCAUUCAUAUGAAUUUGAUUAUUUUAGUUAUAAUAAUAUCACUUAUUACAAACUUAAAUCUUCAUUAAUUAUUACUUAUUGAUACACAAAACAGUCUUUAAAAUUAUAACAGUAACAAAAUGAAAAUAAAACAAUCGCCAAUUGCUAUAAAACAUUGUUAUAGUUAUUGGUUAAUAUUAAAUGGUAAUAACUAAUAAAUAUGGUACUAAUAAUAAAAAUAAUUAUGUUGUAUUAAAAUUAAUACACAAUGCAAAUUUAAAAUACAUUUUCUGCGAAACGUUAAAUUAAAGACGACGUAUAAUCUUACCGUAAAUAAGAAGGGAUGGAGUCUCCUUUCAUACUCCCACUUUAAAUUUUAAUGAGUCCUAUAUGGCUAUAUAGGUAGACUAUAACAAAUAAUCCUUGAGUUUAAUUAUUAAUUAAAAUAUGUAGGUAUCGUAUGAACUUAUAUAUUAUUAUGGUGUCUUAGCGCAGUUAAAAUAAGUAAUGUACGGGCACAAAAAAUAAAUUAUCGGAUAUUAUAAAAUAAUUUUAAAUUUCAUUCUUUGACGGUGGUUUUAGAAAAUAAAUAAGUGUUUCUCAAUUUAUUUUUGAUUUUAAAUGUUUUAAUUGCUUUUUUUUUAAUAAAUUUUGCCUAUAUAUUACCAAUUUUUUAAAAAUAAUUUGUAUUUGUAUGUUUUAGGUUCGUGUUUAUGGCUCUGAUGGAAUAUUGUUUGGUGAACAUUGUACUUGGUGAUGCCGAUAUGCCACCGCAAAAACCAAUAAAUAAAAAACCGUUCGAUUUCAGCUUCAGGGUAAAUAUCAUAUAUCAUCUAACUAUUUACGUUUUGAUAGAAUAGGUUGGGUUAAAUAAAAAGUGAAACAAUUUUUUUAUUAUUAAUAGACGUAGUAAAGAAUAAAAUAAUAAAAAUGAUUAUGUAAGUGAUCUAUAAAAUACAAUAUUUUAUGUUGGUUGAGCAGAAAGUCGUAUUUGGGUUGUAAUUCAAAUGUAGCUAAACAUUUGAAUCUAGCAACUUUUUGGUGUACUUAAUAAAAAUAUUCAAAUGUACGAACUUCCGGGCCCUAGUUACUAUUUAUUUCACUAAUAUUUUCAGGGAAUUAUUAAUUUGUUUCCUAUAUUAUUUGAGUGUGUUAAAUUCACAAACAUAUAGGACUGGUUAUUUCGUUUAAAAACCAUAAGUCGAAUUGCCAUUGUUACCAUGCAUACUCGCGAAGAAAUUUAAAACUUAUGAACGAUUUUUCAUUAAUUUCUUAUGGUCCGAUCAACUUAAGGUUUUACAUGCACUCAUAUUUUUGAUGAUAAUACAAAAACAAAUAAUCAGAUUUUCCAUUCCUCUCCUUCGGUUUUCAAAUAGGAUGGAAAAAUGGUUUUCUCUUUAUGUGGGCAUUUGGGAAAAACUUUAAAAUAUUUAAAAACGACUCGCAAAUUUUUUUGUGUAUUAUCUACUAUUGCUUUACAUAAUCCGUAAUUAGACUUUCUGUUUCACUUCUUUUUAUCCAUUUUAACCAUUUUAUAGCUUUCGGAAAAAAAUAUUGUAAAUUUGAAAUAUCAAAAAAAAAAAAAAAACGCGUCCUAUGCCUUUUGUUUGAAUUUAUUCUUCACUAUAAAUAACCCGUGGUUUGAUUUUUCAAUUUCCAAAAGGGGUGGAUAAAUGAUUCUUUAGUUAGACUAAAAAUAAUCAAAUCGAAAAAAGUUAAAAAUUUGUUAAACAUUAUGCUUAUAAAACGAACUAUAAGCUAGGUACAUAAUAAUGUAGAAAUAAUAAAGAAGUGUUAAUAAAAGUAUUUUUUCGCAUAUAAUUAAUAAUUGAGAUUAAUGUGAAUAAUAACAAAUAAGCAUUUUAGUGUAGAGUGCUUUCGAUAAAAUAUGAAAUUAAUGAAAAAAAUGUUUAAAAUAUUCACAAAAAAAAAUUUUGGAAGGUAAGAUAUAAAAAGUUAUAAAAUGUAUAUCUUCAUGCAACGAUAAACCACAGAUUGCUUAAGAAUUAUGAUUCUAAGUAAAGUUUGGUUAUACAAUAUACAUGCUUUGAAAUGUGGUAAUAUUUUUAUAAUGAGAAAUACCUACGAACAGGUCGAAAAUCGCUAGAGUACAUUCCUCGUUACUCCCAGAAUCUAAAAAAAAUGAAUCAUAGUACCAAAAUCGUGCAUGAAACUAACCAUAAAUAGCGUCCCACAUGCUUAAAUUUAUUAUACUAAUUACAUUUUAUGUUAUCAUUAACUUCUAGUUCGAUUUAUAAGUAUACUAGGUAUUUANGUCGUAGCAAUAGCAUUUCAUUGCUCCGAAUGCAAUUGCUUCGAAUGUAAAUACCUACGAUAUUACAUGAGCAGCUAAACAACUGCUUCGAAAUCUUCGAAACCGUUUUUAUCAAAAUUCGAAUAUGAGUAUUUACUAUUAUAUAACCUUGCGUUUUGUCUCACCUUUAUAUUGAUAAAUAAUAAUUGUUAACUGUUAUAAAUUAGUGAAAAUGUACAAACCAGCAAGUACGUUAAAUAAAUAUGGUUCUCAUUCUUGAAAAGCAUAACUAUCCACUUGAUGUCCUGUUCUCUGAAAAAUAAACAUUUUAUGAGGAAAUUAUUUUAUAUUUCUAUUAAUUGUUCCAUAAAUCUUUGCAUUGUUACAAUCUUUUAAUUCUUAAAUUCGGGUAAAAGUGCUGUAGCGAAUCGAACAAAUAUUUUUUAGUAGAUAUCUAUGUACGUUAUGAUAAGGUAAUCGAUUAAAAUAUUAUUUAUACUUUGGACUAAACACACUCUCAAGCCGUGUGGAAUUUAUUGAGAUUCUAAAACGUAUUGUUACGGGCCGUUCGGACACAGCCUUUUGGUGGGAAGAUGUACACGUGUGUUAGGUGUACAAACGGUUUUUUAUUAGAAUUUGAACAAAACACGGUUGACAAGUUGUAUCUAUGAGUGAAAAACCUGCGACACCAGCCCCGGGUCAAGUCUUAGAUGUAAUUAUCAGGUAUAAAUACAUUAAUGAAAUGACUGGACGGAUUGGUGUCGAGGUGACGGUACUCCUCCUCGUUUCUUCGGUGGUGGUGUGGUUGUCUCGACUCUUGACUGAGUUCAAGUUCUCUCGGCGAUGAUUCCGGUCUCCUUGGUUGUCGCCUCGAUCGGGGUCUAGACGGUGGUGGACGCUGCCGCCGUUGUCUGCUGGUGGCACGUCGUCCGUACCCGGACACGUUGUCCCUUUGGCCCACGGACAUGUAUCAUCCGUUGUUGCGCGAGAACGUCGUCGGUUUACCACACCCGUAUCAAUGGCCCCGACGUGCGUAUACUUAAUGCGACGACCGAUUUCAUAUCUUGUCGCGCGGAAUUCUUAAAUUAUAAUUAACAAACUUUACACGUGAAGGACAGAGUCCGUAACAAUAUCGGUUUUCCAAAAAUCUAAUUUGAUUUAUUCAAAUGGCAAAUUGUAUACAAAUUAAUUAACAUUUAUUUACAUAAGAUAAUUAUGUACAAAAAACACAUUCAUUUUAAAGACAAAUAUUACUAAUAUAGCAAUAUCUAGUAUAAUAUAAUAAGUAGGUUAUUAUGAAGAGUCCGUGUAUGUACUAUGUACGUUUUGCUCAAGGCAAAUAUUUAUGGAGGAAGGUUCAAACCAGCUUAGUAUAAGUAGCAUAAUUAUAUAUGAUUCAAACUUAACGAUGAGAUGAUUGAGAUAUUUAUGACGAAAUUAAAGUAAAAAAAGACGUCCUAGGAUAAUGGGGACUGGUGCAGCCACUUUUGUAGAUAAUUUAAUGUAUACCUGUAAGCAACGAUAAACCAAUGCUUACUAAAAAACGAUUCUGAGUGGAGUUCAGUUGAUAGUGAUGCUUUGUCAACAAAAUAUAUAUGUAUGCCAUAUUAUAGUAAAAUAAUUAAAUAGGCUCUAUGCAAUUUCUUGAACAAUAUUUGUUUAAUGUUGUACCGAUUUUCCCAGUUUUUCACAUUUACUGAGAAAACUCCGGGAAAAAUGAAAAAACAACCUCUUUAAAGUAUCUCCCCAGUGAAAUUUACUUUCACAAAUAUUGCUAUCAUUAAAAUUUGGAGCAAAAUUGGUGGUAGAAAAGUUGUCCACCGAAAAAAAAUAAGAAAAAAUAAACAUUUUGGUAAAACCAUAAACUUCUUCGCUCCUCUCAGAAUCUAAUAGGUACCAAAAAAUAGUGCGGUAUGAUUUUUUUUAAAAACGAUAAAUGUGAAUAAUACAUGAUCUAAAGGUAUCGUCGUAACACCAAAACGAGGUUAUAUCACUACAGAUAAAUCAAUUCGGAGUUAUGGCUUUUUGUAGCAGUUUUUAUCAAGUUUAAUUUGAUCUCGGAGUAAUACACAUUAGUAACAGUUAUAUUCGAAACAGUUGUUAUUCGAAGUAAUACCUAUGUUCGAUGUAGUAUAUAAUAGUAGCAGUUGACUAUUGUGGCGUAGAUUAUAGGUAUAUAAUUAUUUAUACUUUAUAGUUUAUAUUACUUAUGGCGUAUUUGACUUAGUUUUAUGGAGAGAGCGGGUAACACUAAAAUAAUUAUACACAAGGUAUUUAAUUUAAAUAAUUUUUUAUAGUAAAAUAUAUUUAAUCAGGUAAAUCGUUAUGUGAGUAUGUGACUGUUUAUCUAAUAAGAUCACUGCUCAAACUGCUCCAAGGUAAUAGACCAUUAUAGACGUUCAUUAAUGUCAUGGAAACAAAAUAUUAUUAGAACGCCCGUCAUCAAAAAUAAUUAUUUGAGUGAUAAACAAAAAAUUAAAUUAUUGUAUAUCUACAUAUAUAUAUAUAUAUCAAAUACCACCACAAAUUAAUUGAUGGGGGAUCGAUCACCCCCAUCAACCCCCUCCCCCCUCAAAUACUCAAACUGAUAUUACUAUUGUUAUCUUUGAAAAAAAGGACAUGUUUUUAUCACUAAUUGAAGUUGGUUACAAAUGUGAAAAAUCAAAACGAAAUGCUUAUGGCGGUUCGUGUAGAGACACAUUUUACAUACAUUUUAUGUAGGUAUUUAGUUCAGUGGUAGAUAAAUGCAAUUUUAAAUGUAUGUACCUAUAUGUAUGCCACGUGUCACAAAUCAAUGAUGUCAAUAUUGAUUUUGGCAAAAAUGCAUGGUUGUAAUUUAUACUUAAAGCAAAUAUAACUGUACGCAAGAUCGGAUUGGCUAGGUCACAGGUCAGUUCGCAAUUUAAAAACUUCAGGCUGAGAGCACACUUUUCUCAACAUUUAUUGAAAAUAACAAAAUUAAUUUUUUUUUUUUAUAAAAAACAAUACUGUAAAAAAAAAUACUAGUUUUAUCUAGAUAUAUUUAUAUUAAAUUAUAACAGUUUAAAGUUUAGACUGGAGGAGUAGGGAAGAAUUAUCGUUUAAUAAUAUAGAUAUGCAAUUUAUUACCCUUCGCCACUCUUCCGGUAUAAACUUAAACUGGUAUAAUUCAUUAACGGUAAAUUUGAUAUUAGCAUUUUGCAUAUUAAAACUUCUAGACAAAUAUUCAGUACUUGAAAUUCUGAUUGAAAGGGUGGUUGCUAUUUAAAAACUCUUAGUGGGUACUCAUUUCAAGUAUAACGAGUAUGGAUAAAAAUACGGAAAUACUUAGCACGACAGGCGGACCAUGAUUGUAGGUGGGAAGUUUGGAAGGUUGGAAAUAGAGGGGAAUUUAAUUUAUAUCUGUAUACAACGAUAAACCAUUGCUAAAACGAAAAACGAUUCGGGGCGAAUUUUAGUUACACAUAUUUGAAAAAGCUGUAAUAUUUACGAUUUUCGUAAAAAUUUGAUAUUAAAGUUCGCAUUAAAAAAAUUAAAUUCUACAUUGAAAUCAAAAUUAUUUUACCAUAAAGUACAACUUAUAAUGAAUAAUCCUGUUAAAUUUUCAUGCAUUUCGGUUAUGUCUAAAAAUUGUAUCCACAGAGUACCUACCAAAAAAAUUACGUAAAAAACUCGCAAAAUUAAAAUUUUUAUAAAUAGCUCAAAAAUGGCAUGGAAAUUUCAAAAUUUUACUACGUCUAGAAAAAGCAAAUAUAAGUUUUCUUUUCCAAUUUCAAGUCUUUAUGAAUAUUUUAACUGAUUCACCACAAAUAAACAAAAAUGAAUACAAUACAUUUCGUAAGUUGUUCAGUUUUCUCUACGUUUUUUCUUUGUUAUUCCCAAUUGUUAUGAAAACCUAUUGAAAAAUCAAAAAAUGACCACCUUAAAGUGUCAAAAUUAAAUUUCCUUUCAGAAAAAGUACCACGUUUAAAAAGUUCACCCAGAGUUCACUCAGUUUCACUCGGAAUUUAAAAUAUUAAUAGAAAAAUGAAAAACAUUAUGGUUGAUACAAUUAGGUAACUGAGGUUACCCGUAGUGUUAGUGUAUGUUUAGAGAAGGUUUUUAAUGGUAGUUAUUUGGUGAAAAUAUCCGUAAAUUGAUCUUGAAAUGGAUCGUAAGAGUGUUACUGCUCUAGUGUUGAUUGCUUCUCUUAUUUUUUUUAUAAGUAAUAAUAUUUUUCGUCAAUGUGCUUCAUACGUUGUUGUUGUCUUGGUUGUUGCUUGGCUGUGAUACAAGCUUGAUUGUCUUCGUGUAAUACUGAUUGUCUAAUUUAAAUACCUAGUUUUUCAAGUAGGCUUCAAGGCCAUAUGGUCUCUAACACAGCGUUGGCUAAUGCAAUAAAUUCUGCUUCAAUAGACAAUAGUGAAACUAUGGGUUGUUUCUGUGAUCACCACGAAAUGAGGGCUCAUAAUGCUUUGAAACAGUAUCUUGAUAUAAAACGUCUGUCUUGUAUAUUAUUUGCCCAGUCUUUGACAGUGAAUUCUGUUUAUGUUUGAGUCUGUUAUACGAAUCACAAGAAGAAUAGGUAGUAUAACCUAUAAAGUAGUAAUGGUAUUUGGUUAGGUACACAUGACAAUAAUCGGUUAAAUUGAUACUACAACAAGAAUUAUACUGUAAUUGUCUCAAUAAGUCUAGAUUGAAUUUCAUCAACUGACGUAUCACGGGCCUAUGCGAAAUGUAUACACUAAACGACAAUAAUAGUAUAAAACAGCUGUUUUCACACUGUGCGCCGCGGUGACCUAAGGACAUCGUAAGAAUUUUUCGGGGACACCGUAACUAAUAAAAAAUUAUUUAUAGCUUAGGUAUUGUAAUUAUUUUUUUAAAUUUUUGUUCAUUUCAAAUUGAAUAGUAUAAAAGAAAUGUAAGAAAUCAGCUGUACUUUAGAAUGCUUAUGUUGUAUUAAAAUCAAUACAAUUAUAAAAACAGAUUAUCAAUGAGAAUUAGUCAUGAUUUUAAAUUCUGAGUGGAGCGAAGAAGCUUAUGUGUUUUUAUUUUAUUAUUUUUUUUUUUUAUCUGUUAACACAAUUUCUACCAGAAUAUUUAAUUUAACUUCUAAGUGUAGCACCUUUUCUGAAAGGAAAUCGGUGUGAGGAGGUUAGAAAGGUCAUUAUUCGAUUUUCUUACAAGUUUUCCUAGCAAAUGUGAAAAACCGAGAUAAAACAUGGUAAAACCGGGAAAAACGUAGGAAAAUUGGGAAAAUCGGUACAAUAUUAAACAAAUACUACAAAAUGACAUAUAUAUAUAUAUAUAUAUAUAUAUAUAUAUAUCGUUGACAAAGCAUCACUAUCAACUGAACUCCGCUCAGAAUCGUUUUUCGUUGGUUUUCAAUGGUUAAUCGUUGCUUACAGGUAUACAUUAAUUUAUCUAUAACAGUGGCUGCACCCGUCCUGAUUAUCCUAGGACGUCUUUUUUAUUAUAUUAUAUAUAUAUUAGUACAUUUCUCGUGGUAUUCACGGCAAGGCCCCGUGGCUACAUUUUGUUCGAAAAAGGGCACCACCGAAAAAAAAGUUUGGGAACCGCCGAUAUAAGUUAUAUGGGAGUGGGGGGCCAGCGGCGAAAUUGGUUCAUAAACCAAAGUCUGCCCCUUACUGUAUGCAAAUAGUAGACCUAUAGAUUUUAAAAAUGUUUCCUACGAUAAUACCUACUUAUCACUUGUGUAUUAUUUUAAGAAAUAUUACAGGCGUAUAUCGAUUCUGUCGAAAUAACUUUUUUACCUGAAAUAAAUAUAUUGGCUCUGCCAAACAUUUUUACAUGUUAAUUCCACCGAAUGUUAGUAAAACAGUGAUCGAUGUAUACCAUAUACAGCAGCAUAUUUAUACAAUUUUCAAGUAUUUUGUCAUUUGAGGCAAAGUAAUUUUACAUUUAAAGUUGUAGAAAUGAAUAAAACAUUAUUUACUGAGUCAAAGUCGAAUAGAAACCUUCGUUUUCAAUAAUUGAAUCCGACGAAUCAUAAUUUCGAUUAGUUUAGAAAUAUCUUCUGGUAAUGCUGUAUAUGAAAAUUGACGAGACCAGUACAAAUAUUGAGGUAUAAUGUGUAUUGUAGGUAGACAACAGGACUUGUAAAUAAUUUAGAUUCUUAUUAAUUCAUUAAUUGUAAAGUAAAUAGAUAUAGUAAACAAAUAUAUAAGUAAAACAUGUAUGCAUAAAAAUAAAAUAAAUGAAUCAAUGCGUCGCCUGGAGUAUUAUGAUAAGUAUUUAUUAUAGUACUCAUAUACAUAUAAUACAUUUUUUAUUUAUAUAUUUAUUUACUUUAUUAUUUUAUUAUUUAUUGAUUGUAUAAUUAUUUAUGAUAAAAUACAUUUAUUUUUAUAGUAUAAAAUAAUAAAAAUGUAAUUAUUAGAUUAUAAUACUUACAAAUUAUCCAUUUUUUUUAUAAAUUAUUAUUAAUAAUUCAUGAUUAUCGUAAAUCAACUUAUAUACAAAUAUUAAGUGGAAUUGACAUGCAAAAAGAGAGCGGGCAGAAUUCUCGUGUAUAAAUGUAUAUGUGCGUCCCAAUGACACUCAUUAAGAUUGGACGGGGCACGUGGGUAGUAAAUUAACGAAAAAUGGGACUGCCCCUUGAAACAUACAGGAUGGGUGACUUUACAAAUCCGGAACGUAAAACCUCGAAACGGAAUUGUCCGGAUUGCAAUUUACAAUAAUCCAGAACGUAAUUUACCGUACAAAUAUCAAUUGUUUCUAAAAUAUGUUUACGAGUAUGAAGUCGGUGUAUCAAAUAAGUCGGGAGAACAGUAUUUGUACGAAAUUCAUUUAAAAAAAAUUAAAAAUAAACGUAAUUGGAAAACUAACACAGACGUAAUAAGUUGUUAUCGAUCAAAAAUAUCAGAAUAAUACAACGUUAGAAUUAUGGAACCACUGGUUUUACUGCCCGGGGUUUUAGGUUCCGGAUUAUUGUGACCGGUGGCUACCCUGAUAAUACAUGCCUGUUUUACAAUCGGGUUGGUCAUUAUUAUUAUUAUUAUUAUUAUUAUUAUUAUUAUUAUUAUUAUUAUUAUACAAUACUGUUGUUUUGCAGAACAACAUAAAGUCGAUCGAUGGACACCCGAUUCCGCCGGCACCGCGGCCGCCGCCGCAAGCGGUCGCGGCGCAAGCAGCCGCGACGGCGGCCAAAGUACAGAGGAAUCGCACCAGAGCGCUGAAAAUCGAUCGGUUUUCCCGCGUCUUCUUCCCGUUACUGUUCACCGUGCUUAACAUGACGUACUGGGCAAUAUUCGCUCGGUUUAUAUAAUGACGGCGAGCGUUGUACGCGUACCCAACCACCGUACCUACCAUACCACACACAACAGUAUUAUCGUCAAAACGAUAUUAUUAAUAUUAUUAACAUGUACGGUUACGAUACUUUGCACAUCGAACGGGGGGCGUUUGGCCGCCACCGUCUCCUUAUUAAUUAUGUUAAAUAAUGUAACGUUGUUACACUGAUAAUAAUAAUAACAAUAUAUUAGGUGCACGUCCCGCCGGUAAAUUUCUCUUGUUAUAGGGUCGUAGGCUGUGUACCUACACGAUAGACCUGUACAAUAGCAUAUACCUAGUAUUACAAUACACUUAGUGUCUUAUUAGCUCUCGGUACGUAUACAAAUUAGUUUAAUUACUAAUAAAAUAUAUACUACUUGUGCAAUAAUACAAA